AUGAGGCAGCUGUCUGAUCUAGAAUUAAUUUCAACAGGGAGCGCUGAUGCACACACGCAAAGGAAUGUGCACACAGGUAAAUUCCUUCAGCUGAAAUGUAUAAGAAACCUGAAUCUCUCUGUGGCAUCGGAGCUCUUGCACCUGGAACAGGCCACUAUCAAUGACUACAUUUUUUAAUGAAUGCAUCAUGCUAAUUAUGUUACUUGCACAUAAAUGAGAAUUGUCACUUAGCUCUGUCAGCUUAUUUUACAUUAACAAUUGUAUUGUUGAUUAAUCAUCUGCCUAUUAACCAACAAACUGCUUUAAUCUCUUCAAGUUUCCACACAAUUCCUUAACAUAAACAUAUGUUUGCAAUAGUGGAGGAAGUGUAGGAGAGCACACAACUUUUUCAGCAAAAGCUACUGUUCACUAAGUAUGCUCAUAACUUACAAGCUCAAACCAAAUAAUAUUUGCUCACUGAUGAAUCUACUACAGCUUUACUUUCUGAUAUUCAGAUGCUGCUUCUCAGUGCUGAGGAAGUCAAUUCUGCAGAGUCCAUUACUUUUAUAUCCCAUCCAUGGGCAUAGCCAAGGGGGGGCACCUGCCCCCCCGAUCAUGUAAAACAAUAGAAAUACUUAACUAGCUGACCAAUCACCUCGGUUCUGCCCCCCCCCCCAAAGUCCUGGUUACACCCAUGAUCCCAUCUUUCCUCCAAUGAGCUCAAGAUGGGGUAAAUGGUUCUCCUUGCCCCUUUCAUUCUCGCAACCCCUGUGCAGUAGGUUAGGCUGAGAGAUGCAACUGGUCCCAAAUCACCCAACAAGCUCUGUGGCUGAGUAAGGAUUUAAACCUGGAUUUCCCAGUCCUAGUUCAGAACAGUAAUUGCCACACCAAAAAAUUCUGCCACCUGGCUCUACUCAACCUAUCUCUAUUAUCAAUUAAGAUGUACAAGUGGGGCAUGCUGUGUCGAGUCUGCCUGUUAAGUCAUGCUCUCAUCCAGGAUAUACAGUUCUCUUCCCUUCCUUCCAAAAGUCAGCCAGCGUUUUGUGGCUGUUCAUUAUUCACUGGGUUCUUUCCCCAUGCCACACCCAGAGUCGUCGUUCCUGAAACUUUUUUGUGCUUCUGCAAAAGUACAGAAAUUCUCCUAAGCCUGCUGUUACCUCCCUUUUGUGCAUGGCUGGCAGCAUUUUGGCUACAUAAGGCGCCACAGUGAAAUCAUUGCUAUUAGUGCACAUAAAGGAUAUGCAAAACUCUGACAUCCCACCCCUAAUAUAAGUACUUGUGUCAAAUACUGAUUGGGAGUCAGGUACCACAGAGUUGGAAGGGACUGUGAGGGUCACCUAGUCCAAAUCCCUGCAAUGCAGUAAUAUUUUUCCCAAUGUGGGGCUCAAACCCAUGAACCUGAGAUUAAGAGUCUCAUGCUCCACUGUGCUAUCACAACUGUGACUGAUCGGAAGUCAGGUAGCAUUUCACUUGUGUGUUUAAUACAGCCGUAGUCCCAGCAAACUUCUACCAGUUUUAAUGGAUUAUUUGUUUCAUAGGUAUUAAAAGGCCAGGCUUUUUGAAUGUGUCAUCUGUCACAUUGCUGCUGAUUAGCUUAAUAAAAGUUAGAAUUGGAGCAGUAGGAUGAGGCAGACCCUGCCAGUUCCUUAGAAGACACAUUGCACCUGCAUAACAUAAUAUUUCAGCCUGGCAGCCACAGUGGUGCAUCAACCGCUCUGCUGGCGAGAGCCAUGUUUUUGCAAGCCUCAUGUAUAUUCCCACUGGAAUGGCCUUUUUGUCUGUGCUUACUUCGGGAGAAAGGAAUUAAGUUCUCCUACAGGGGAUCAGGUAUUGGCGAGCUUCCUGUCACCUGGGCGAGGGAGGCAACGCCGGCGCGGUGAGCAGGAGCAGGAGCUGGAGGCGCGAUCAGCUUACAGCGGAGAACUCGGAUGAGCUCCUUCACACAGGCACCAAGGGCGAGGGAGGAUCCUCCACGCCCCUUCACCCAUUGUCAGGGCCACCUCGGCAGUUUCCGCUCGCGCUUCGGCUCCUUUCGGCCGGCCACCCUCCGCCCUGUGGGAGAAAGUCGGGGAGCUUCGGCAGCGCCGCCGCCGAGCCUUCCGGGACUCGCUCGAGAGUUCAGUGCACCAACCGCACCACUCACCUGGGAGAAGCGGCGAUCUCCGGCUCCGCCGCCGGCUCCUUCCUGGAAAGAAGCAUCAACCACCUGAUUGAACUCCUCGCGGGUCAGUAUAGAAACUCUGCUCGGAGUUGAAGCCAAAGCAGGCGGACGAGCCGUGCAGACUGAGCGGUGGGGUCGGGGGAGAAAAGAGAUAAGGAGAACUUGCUGCUCAUUAAAAGGCAAGAGACUUGCGCGCGCCGGGGAGGUGGGGGAAGGAAACUAGAUAUAUAUUUUGCCUGGGUGUUUUUUUUUGUACUUUUGCAAUCGGGAUGGGAAAGCAGUAGAUCUGCUAACUCCGGCAACUCUGCACCCAGUAAACAGGGGGUGAGUGAGAGAGUGAUAUCUGAAAAUAUCGGCAAACUUAUGGGGCAGGCGGGGGGGGUGUUAACCAUAGGAAUCCCUGGAUGCAUCUGUCCAGGAAGCUCGAUGGAACGUUAGAAGCUGAAAGAUUCCCGAGUGGCGGAUAAACGGGGGGGGGGGGCGGGGAGGGAGGGAGAGAAGAGCAGAAAGUAAACUCCCGGCGGGGUGGGGGUGGCGGCUGGGUGUUUGACGGGAGGGGCACUCGCUAAAAAGGAGGGGGGUCUACAGAGUGCAGCUGAGGAUGCCGCCUCACUCGCUCCCGCUUUUGUCUCCCGCAGGCUGCGAGUGUGUGUGUUUGGGCGCGCGCGGUGUGUCCUGCUCACCCCCCGCCGGCGCCUCCUCUCUUCAGCCGCCAGCCUACCGGCUUCUGGAAGCUUGUCCGCGCCCGGGAGCGAAGUUAAAGGGGGCGCGAAGUUUCCCGCAACUUUCUCUCACCCCACCCCGCGCCGGGAAUAUGGCCACCGGGGGCUACCGGGCCAGCGGCGUCAGCACCACCACAGACUUCCUGGAGGAGUGGAAAGCCAAGCGGGAGAAGAUGCGGGCGAAGCAGGCGCCGACUACAACGGCCGCGGCCUCAGGGGACUGCAAAGCCCCAGGGGCCGCCGCCGCCGCCAACACUACUACUACUACUACAACUACUGCUGCUGCUGCUAACGCCGCCACCGCCGAGGUCAACAACAACGGCAGCGGCGCCGGCACGAACUGCGUCCCUUUGGGCAGGAGCGCGCCCAAGGAGCCCCCGCCGAGCACCCCGGCGGCCGGAGCCCGAGCAGGAGUGGCGGAGCCGCCGCCGGGGCCCAAAGGCGUCGUGGCGCCGGGCUCCCCUGAGGAGGAGAAAGUGGCGGCCAAGGGCAAGGGCUCGUCCGGCCCCAGCGCCCGGAAAGGGAAAGGGCAGAUCGAGAAGAGGAAGCUGAGGGAGAAGAGGCGCUCGACAGGUGUGGUGAACAUCCCCACCGCUGAGGUGAGAGGGCGCCGCGCGCCGAACUGCGGCGGGGGCGGGGGCGCGCGUGACUGGCUCUUUUGAAACGCAGCCCAACGGACAGCCCAACGGCUCCCGGUGCUGCUGCUGCUGCACCUGAUGAAGAGCCGGGCGGCUUCCUGGGCGACGGUGGCUCCUCCUCCCCGCUCCCUCCGAGGAGCUCGCCAGGGUUGGUUCGACAAGUCGAAAGGGAGGAGGCUGUUUACCUACAGGCUGCUGCUGCUCCCGGGAGGGGAUGGGACUACUUCAGGUUGCAAAACCCGCAAAGUGACCUGUUCCGGAAGAGUCAGACAAGAGAGGUCUGUUGUGCUGCUCCCGAGAUGGCAGCCUAAGCUAUGCAAAUUGGAUCUGGGUGGAUUUAAAUGUGUAGGAGCAGCAGAAGCCCUUCAGGUGGUUUCUGUGUGGUUUUACCCUUGGGAGAGAGAGAGAAUGGCUAAAGCCUCAUUUUGAUGUGAACGGAGGUCAUGACCAUGAAAGAGUUCUUAUGACAUUUGUGUGUGUGUGUGGGUAUGUCUAUAUAUAAAAGGGUAAAAAAAUAUACAUAUGCAUAUGUUUGUGUAUAUACAUGUAUUCUUUUUUGGUGAUCACUCAUAGCCGAGUAGGAUUGUCUUCCAUGAACAUGGUUUUAACAAUGAGUCCGUAAGUGACUGUGGAGGCCAGUUCUGGACCCACACGUCCUUCCACAGUGGGGACAUUGGUUUCCUGGCGGGAGUUGAUCACGGUGUGGAUUUGCCAAGCGUGCCUUCCUCUUAGCACGUUUCUCGCUUGCGUCCUGCAUUCAAGUGUCUUCAAAGCCCAUAACGCCUUUGGUAAAGGCUGUUCUCCAAUUGGAACGCUCGCAGGCAAGCGUUUCCCAGUUGUUGGUGUUUAUACUACAUUUUAAAAAAUUUGCCUUGAGACAGUCUUUAAACCUCUUUUGUUGAUGCCCAGCAUUACGCUUUCUAUUUUUAAGUUUGGAAUAGAGUAGUUGCCUUGGAAGACGAUAUUCAGAUAUACAUACUGUAUAUACGUGUGUGUAUAUGUGUGUGUGUGUGUGUGUGUGUGUGUGUAUACACACAGACAUAUAUGUACAUAUGUACAUGUUUGUGUGUACACACACACACACACACACAUAUAUAUGGUUGGGGGUUGUCACCCUUCAGAUGCUGUGGGACUAAACCUCAGAUCAUUGGUCAUGCUGACUGGGGCUGAUGGGAGUUGGAGUCUUAACAGUAUAUUGAAGGCCACAAAUUCCCCACCACUAAUCUACUGGAAUAAUAUGCUUAUAAGGGUUUUAAAUAGUAAGAUGUGGUACCCACUCUCCUGCAUAUUUUGGUAUUGGUAAGUAAAGCGACUGUAGCUCCUGACAGAAACUGAUUUUUCUAUCCUGACAUGCAGAGGUAAGUUCCAGAGAAAUGAAGGGACUUUGGGUAAGCUUAGGAACAUAGGAAGCUGCCUUGGUACCAGGUCUGAACAACAGUCCAUCCUGGUUCAGUUUUAGCUACACUGACAGGUAGCCAUUUAUCCAGGGGUUCCAUCAGGGAAUCUUUCCCAGACCUACCCGGAGAUGCUGAGGAUUGAACCUGGGACCUUCUGUAUGCAAAGCAGAUGCUGCAGGCCUUUCCUUCACAGUUACAAAGCAUGAAUGUAAUUGUGGUCUGUAACACAUAUGGGUUUCCUUUUUCUGUAUGGUUUGCCUGCAACAAGAGAGGUCUAAGAGAGCAUUGGUGAAAAUAGUAUAACUCUACAGUUUAUUUACACUCAAAUAAAAACAGGCAGGGUUCUUGUGGGACCUUAAAGACUAACACUCUCGUUACGGAAUAUACUUCUCCCUGUCCAUGAAGUGCUUCUGAAUUGCAGGAAUAUAAUCCCAUUUUCUUUUGGGGGGAAAGAGAUAGCAAACAUAAUGUCAGAAGGAAAGGAAAUGCACAGAUGGUGAUAGUUACAUUAACAGUAACAGUACAUUAACACACACAAAAGAAGAGUUGAUAACAUAGACAUUUUGCCAUUGGAAAGCUAAUUAAGACGUGUAGUAUGGAUUUUUUAAAAAAAUCCUUUGAUAUUGAAACAGUUAUCAAGCAACACUUUCAAAGCAGGACAUAAAGAUUCAUACACACUGAAUUUUUCCGCCCUUUUACAGUUCCCCCUUGUGUGUUAGAGACACUUCCUAUAACAAUUUUUUUAAAAGUUUUAUCAGAGCCAAAACAGCAAAGAAAGGAAAUUGAGGUAUCUGUUCAGGUGAAAAUGUAAUGUAGUUCUGAAUCCAAAGCAAUUUCUUUCACUGGAAAAAAUGCAGUGGUUUGAAGAAAGGAGAAAAAUAUAUUUUCGUUAGCCAAUGUAGCUGUCUUCUGUGGGUUUCUACUAGUAUAAAAAUCUGGCAUUAAUUUAAAAAUGCUCUUAAAGGAAUGCAAAAGCAUGAUAAUAAUAUCUUCAGUGUUUUCAAGCUACGAGGAAGAAGAUUUAGGGAAAAAUCUAGUACAUGUCUUCACAAGUUUCUUCUCAAGAUCCCCAAAGGAAACAAUAAAUGUAGCUACCUUAACCAUUUUAUUUUCUUGGGUUUGUAAACUGCAGACACACCUUUCAUCACCAGAAAUCACUCUUUUUCUUGAUCGUUAUUUUGCAGCUACCAUUCUGUAAUGUCAGGAUCCUGCUCAAGUGAGGAGCACAAGAAGCUGCUAGCCUGGUAUAGUCUUCUCUGACAGACAACACUUCUCCACAUUAACUGACCUGAUUCUUUAAACUGGAGUGAGUCAUGGACUUUCUUUAUGCAAAAGAAAUGGGAAAAAGAAACAACAGUGAUGACCACUGGAAAGCAAAAUAGUUGUAGCAAUUAUUAAUAACGUACCAUUGGUGCUAACACCAACAUCCUGGCAUUCGUAAACUGAUCAACACACAGUGGUUAACUGUAAUCUUGAUUAAAUCUACAAGUAACAGAUUUGAGUUGCCUGGUGCAGCAGUAUGCUUGCCACUUGAAGGCAAAGGAAAAACUCAUGGGAACAAACUUAGCUUGCUGGGAAGGCAGCAGGUGUAGAAACUUGCUACUUAAAAGUAACUGUGCAAACAGUGCUUGUGUAAACCCUCAGUGAAUAUGCACUGUUUCAAUAGAGUUUAUCUUCUCUUGAAAUGUUCUUUAAAAACACUUUUAAGUGAAGUAUAAAAACAUAGUGCAAAAGAAAAUCAAUCCUCUGUAAGUGAAAAUUAAUAUAUUGAUAUAUUUGGCAUCAGAUGCUUUUCUUACAGUAUAAGGCAGCUUGCAAGACAUUUAAAAUACAACAACAUGGAAAAACGUUAUUGGGGUAUGGUGGUUGGCAAAGUUGUGUACAUUACUGCCCCAUUCCUAAGGACCUCUUUAGAUGCUACUGGAACAAAAAUAUUAGUCUUUAAAAAGUCAGAACAUCUGAAGACUCGGAGGAACACGAACAUAUUUAUUGCCUCAUUUCUUGCAUCUGCCACCAGGAUCCAGAAUCUGUGAGAGGCAACAGCCACCUAGAUGCAGGUGUCCUGCCAUAUGAAGGACUACCAUCUGGCAUCUUCAGUAGCCAUUUCUAGGUCAGGAUAAUUUCUUCUGAUAUCUGCUGCAGCCCAGAGAUUCAAUAUCAGAAUAUUCAGAUGUUCUGACUUUUUAAAGCCUGAUAUUUUUGUGAUUCUACUUUGGAUCUUUAGGCAUUUAGAGGACACAGGGAGGCUGAGGAAAAUUAUUUGUGCUUCCUCUUUAAAAUAUGCUGAGUAACUUACAAGCUCCCCUGAUCUCAGUCUUUUUCUCUUUUAUAUGCACUCUGGAACAUCAGCUGGGGCUUUUUAUUUAUGCUUCCUCUGUUACAAAGGCACCAGCAUGGCAACUAGAAGACAGCUGUGCUGUAUCUCUCCCUUCCCCCACUCCUUACCUCCAAAACAUCAUUCAGUUGAACUCAAUGAUACUGGCAAAACUUUCUCUUACCUUUACUGAACAGGUUUUUCCAGCCUUUCAGUGGAACUGUUCUUCCUUUUUCAGCAUAUCUUAGUGCUGUUUGUAAAGAAGAAAUCAGUUGUGUUCACUAUCUCACCAUUAAAGUAAUUCUGUCUCCAAUAAUGAUGAUUUUUUUCCCCCUAGCAGUUUUAAAAGUUGCUCUGAAGCCUUUGUAGUUAAAAUAUUGUGGGCCAUAUAGAGACGUCUGGACUCUUGAGGGCCAAAUUCAGCCCUAGGGCUGUUAUGGUGAAUUUGAUAUAUAAAUAGGAAUUAUUAUAAGCAGGGAGAAAUAAGAGUAGCACAUGAAGAGGCUGAAAUAAACCCAUUACACUUUUCUUUGGUGAUGGAGACCAUGAAGGCUGGAGCAGUUAAGGGUUUCACACACAGACGGUAGACUUGGAGGAAGGUUUUUAAAAGGAGGGAGGAAAGAGGUGGCACUAUGUCGCUAUUCCAGGAGUUGCGCAUUGGGGAGCAAAAGUGUGAAAUAGACCUUUAAAGAGAGCAGGCUAUGAUGAGGUCAAAAUAAAAAGUUAUACAUAAAAUAUGUUGGGGCAGGUAGACUGAGGAGGUACUUGAACUUAAAGAUCUGGAAUUUGUCAUGGAUGUAGAAGUUUGUUAGAAGACUAGGCAGGGAUUUGAGGAUUUGUGUUCUGAAUGAUGGACAAAGUGAAUGAUGUUGGCUCAACGUUCUUACUAGAUAAGGGCUGAUGAGCAGGCUGGACUAUUUAAUGUGUAGAUGAAAUAACAGUAGCAAGUUGUUAUUUUGUCUGUUGAUGCCAUCCUCUUAAGAUACUAUAUAAUAUGCUAUAUUUCAUAUUAGGGCCCAAUACAUGUGCUCUGUUUCAAUUUGGAAUUAGUAUAAAUUACAAACCUGUAUCAACAGAGUUCAUCUGUAUACAUUAGGUAUGCAGAAACUGGCCUUCCAGAUACUGCUGAACUACAGCAGCCAUCAUCUCAAACCUUUGACCAUGCUUACUGGGGCUUCUGGGAGUUGUAAUUCAGCAACAUCUGGAGGGCCAAAGGUUCCCCACAAGUGAUCUAUCUACAUAGUUGGAAUUGUAUUCCACACUUUCCCCGAAGAACUGAGAUCAACAUUAUAUGUUCUCAGUAAUAAAGGUAAAUGGCAAGACAGUUGCUACAUCAGGGCAAACUGUGGUAUGGUUUCACAUGACAUACAUGGAUUGAAAUUAGCCUGAGCAAGUCUCAGCCUGAACUUAUUUUGGAAGCAUUUACUUUCAGUUCCUUUUCAAGUCAGCUUGUUGUUUUAUCCAAUCCUUGGAUUGUGGUUUAUGGUAUCAUGUUAAACCAUGGUUUAGCAUGAUCUACAAAUGUAGCUAGUGACUUAACCUGAAGCUAGUUCGCCAUUGAAUUUAACAACUGAGCAAGGAUUCAUGCCCAACCCUCCCAAGCUUGCCACUGUUUAUUUGAAAAUGAAUCUUGCGAUGAAACAUUAUAAGAUUACUGCUUGAGUAUUCACAACAAAGUUAGAACAAGUAUGACUUGGUAGAUUGCUUUGGAACUUGUAUCUAAAAUUUGGUGUCAGAUACCAAGUAUACUUUGUGGUAGAUUUUAAGAUCUGUGGUAUACAAGCACAUGCAUCUUGUGUUGCUCAUAAUUCUAAAUUAAGUUUGUAACCCCAAUCCAUAUAACCCUUUCCCCACAAUAUUCGCCUGCUUGUAUCUAUCAUGGUAAUGAAUUCUGGUUUGUGGCCAUACGUAUUUUCAUGAGCAAUAUUAAGUAUUCUUAUGAAUUCAAAAUUUCCUGUAUUCACUGCAGAACUGAACUAAGCUUGCAAUGAGUAGUGUUCAGUCCAGCUUUUCAAAAAUUCAAAUCAAAGCCUAGGCUUACCGUACCAUCCUACACCUGUUUACUUAGAUUCAGAUUUAUUUCAGUGUUUAAUCAGAAGUGGUAUGAUAGAGGUAUCUUAUUUAAGUCAUACUUGGAGCAGAGCCACUGAACUCACUAGUCUUAAAUUAGUCAAUUGAUUUUUAGUGUUUCUGCUCUGAGUAGUUGGCUGCAACUACAAAGCUGAAAGGGAACCAUCAAACUACCUGCCAAUGUGGGAAAUAUACUACAGCACCCCUAAUAGGAUGGGAGCUACCUUUGCUUUAAAACCUCUAACAAAUUAGGCCCUACAUUCUUGUGAGGCAGUAUGUUUCACUAUCAAACAUGGUUCAGCUUAGUUUUUUGCAAGGUAAAAUUUUAUAGUAUUGCAACCCCAGACUAAUCUGUUAAUCUGCCAUUAAAAGAUUAGAAAUUGUAAUUGCCUUUGGGAUGCCAUUUCUAAACACAUAAUGUUGUAUACGUUGUAUUAGAUUGCAAAUCAGAUUACAGCAUUUUGGAAGUGGUGUAUCUUAAUUUUAGACAUGGGACAACACGAUGACUCAACAAGUAGAGGAAUGGAAUAAGGAAGUACAAGGGUUCCUUGGUUGCUUAACUUAUUGUUAUCAAUAGGUGUGUCUAUAAUUGUGGUUUCUUAAUUAUUAUAAGUUAAAUUAGCUCAAAUACAUUCUAAAACUGAACUACAUGCUGAAGUAAGUGUGUUGGAAGCCACAUGAACAAUUCCUGUAUCCCAGUGAUGUUGAGUAGAAAAAUUUCCAUUUCAAAAGUUCUUUGUUUUUAUUGCUAGUUAUUUUUAAGGAGCUUAUUUUUCUUUUUCGUACAUUGCUGUGAUAUUUCUAAUAUAAAGUGAUUCAGCAAAUAAUAAACAAAUUAUCCAUAUAGUGCAUUGCCUCUUAAUCUAUGUGUUUCAAUUAGUGUUGGAGGCAAAACCAAUUACUAGAUUAAUACUUUCAAAAAUGUGGGAACAACCAUGAUUGCUUCUUUGCACCUAUAACUCCUGGUUCAACCUGCCAUCUUCCUUGUAACUGAUGAACUUAAUCAGCUAUUUCCAACAAGUGAGGUAAAAAGGCAAUAGCUUUCCUAUCUUUUGUCCCCAGCACACAGAGGUACAUUUAUGUGGUACAUGGAAGUUCCAUUUAGAUAUCAUGCCUGUUGACCGACCCAGGUUGUCCAGUGUAUUUGUACAAAGUACUAUAUGAUUUCCAUUGUAAUUGAUCCAAGGUGGGUCACAACAGGAGUACUACCACCAGGCAAAUAUACGGUAAAGGAUUAAGAAAUGGUCCCCAGAAGCAAAUUUGAGUUAAAAGUGGGUCCUAACAUGUUAUAAAAACUCACAUACAAGUCAAAUUAUUAAUUAGAAACCUAUUUAAACUUGAGAGACCAACUUCAAACUGCACAACUAAAUAAAUUCAACCAUACCUAGGUGCCUUAACUCCCAUGAAAUAAAAAAUGAGAAGAAAAGGGGAUCACCACUAAACUACCAACCACUUUAUAUAUUAAGGGAAUAUAAAAUUUCUAUACAGUGGAAGCUGGUUUAUUCAUAUGUUAUAUAACAUUGAUAUUGCACCCAAUUUUGACAACCUUUUGUGCAUUAUUUGUUUUCUACAUUGUUCGGGUUCCACCCUCCUUUCUUCUUCAUUAGUGCUGUUGCUUGACUAAUAGUGCAAUCCCAUGCAUAUUUUUUCAGAAGUAAGUCCUUAUUGUGUUCAUUGGCACUUACUUUUAGGGAGCUGGAUAAGGGAUUGUAGUGUAACUCUUGUAUAGCUUAUAAACUUGUGGCAAUAAUUCCUGGAGGAAUUCCCCUAAUACUUUUGCAUGAUUGUGGGAUCUUAUGCUGAAACUGGAUGAACUACAAAACUGUCUCAUUUUAAAAUAACUAGGUUAAUGGCUGCUUGCAAAUAGGCCAAUUUAGCUUUUGAGCUGCUUAUACCACUCCCUCAGGUGUGACUGCAACAAUAAUCCUAAAUUAUUAGUUUCUUUCAAAGAGAUUAUAGAACUGCUUAAAGUGAAAUCCUUCUUUUUUUCUGGCAACUAUUUUGGUAAAGCAGCAAUGGUUGGUCUCCAAGACUUGGAACUUUACACUUUAACCCUAUGAACACGUAUACUUAAAAUUGCAUUAAAAUGGCUAAUCCGUGGAACUUUUUAUAGCACACCAUCUUGCCUUUUGCAAAAUGCAGCUUUGCAAUAAGGAAAACAAGAAAUAAUAACUUUUGCUAGGAUUUUAUCUCUGAAUACUGAAUGAUUCUCAGAAUAGAGAGCAGAGCCCCAACUAUUAAACUAGUCAACAUGCCUAGGAAAGCAUAACAAAACCACAAUAUAACCUUAAAACAGAAUUUAUACUCUUGAAAGUUUCUUGUAGGCAUCCACUGUAGAUCCACUGGUCAGAGACUACAGAGCAGGUCAUCCAAAGGUCUCUGCUGAGUGAAUAUAAUCAUGUGUGAAAAAGUGGUACUUAACAUAUUCUGUCUCUAGACCAUUUUGUUCUUUAUUUUGAAUUGGGUCUGGAAGCCAACUGAGAAGCAGUGAUGGUGAUACAAAAUUGGAUAAGCAUCAGUAAAAGUGCUUUUUUACUUACCAAGUAACUAUAAGAGGAGUUAGUAUUCAAACUCCAUUCAAAAGCUGUUUUCCAUGCAGUCCAGCUUCUGUAGCAAGUGCAAAUAGCUAUUUAGCAUUCAUGGCACCCCUUUCUCUAUGACUCAGCCUCAGGGUAAGAAAAAAGUAAAUAAAAUGAGCUAAGCAUUUAUCCAGAGAUGACCAUACUUAAAGAAUAUUGAAAAUCCACUGACACUUGAGCGUGUUAAUUUACUAGAUCUUGAUGAGAAGACAAAUAAUAGAGAGUUCUUUGCAUAACAAAGACUACUCCUGGCACAAAUAACUAGCUUAACAUUAUUAUUAGGUUAGUUUGAUGUUGGAAAUUGUGCUGCAAAUCAGAUCACUAUCUUACAGCAACAUAUUAAUGGUGGAUCUGGCCACAAAUAGCCUAUUAAGCUUUCUAAAUGGAAAUCAGUUUAAUUGCAAAUAACCCUGGGUAUGGUCCUUAGUCCUAAGCCAACUUGCUUUGUAAAUAAUUUUUAUUAAAACUUGGCCUUUCAAUGUGUUUGUAGGACUGAGAUGCCAGAAAAUCAUGGUUAGCUGUGACUGAUAUGCCUCCUUCUGAAUUCUAAAUCUAGGGCCUCCUUCAUCUUUUGAGUGAAUGAAAAUUUAACUAGCUGUAGCACGUGUGUUGCUCUGUGAUAUUCUAGUGAUCCUAAUAAAGUUAUUGACCUAAUAUGGAUAUUGGGAACACACCUGCCUUUUAUUUUUUGUGUCAUCAUCUGCCUGUAAUUUAAGUAGCACCAACCUUUUAAUGACCAAGUUAUUGUCAGCACCUUUUAAGGCCCACAUGGAUGGGAAAGUGGGGUGAAAAAACAAUUUAUUAAAAGUUGAUAGGAAAGUAGAACAACUUUGGAAUCUACUUGGGUGUAGCGAAACAGUGAAUUGAAAAUAAUUGCAGCAAAGUAUUACCACAUGAGAAAUUCCAUCUACCAAGUAUAGAGUAUAUCUUGCAAUCCUAUGUACACUUAUUAAGGAAUAAAUCCCAUUAGAAUUGGCAGGACUUGUUUUUGAGUAAACAUGUAUUUAUUACUGUAAUUUUCAACCUUUCUUCCAAGAAGUUCAAAGUAAUGUACAUGGCUCUCAGUGUUUGAAACUCCCAUUGUUCUAGGCACAUUUUGCAACAGGGAAUUUAAUUAGCACAAGCUGUUUCUGAGCUCUGGGGUAUUUUUUAACUGUGCCUAAAAUUUCAGAUUAAAACUGCAGAGUGGAAGAAAAGGAGGACCUUUUUCUGCCUCCCCACUUCCAGCUACUCUCUGAAGACUGUAGAAGAGACCCUCUUAAGAAUAUUAAAAGGUAAAGGUAUCCCUGCCCGUACGGGCCAGUCGUGUCCGACUCUGGGGUUGCGCGCCCAUCUCGCUUAAGAGGCCGGGGGCCAGCGCUGUCCGGAGACACUUCCGGGUCACGUGGCCAGCGUGACGAAGCUGCUCUGGCGAGCCGGCACCAGCGCAGCACAUGGAAAUGCCGUUUACCUUCCCACUAUAAAGCGGUACCUAUUUAUCUACUUGCACUUAAGGGUGCUUUCGAACUGCUAGGUGGGCAGGAGCUGGGACCGAACGACGGGAGCUCACCUCGCCGCAGGGAUUCGAACCGCCGACCUUCUGAUUGGCAGGCCCCAGGCUCUGUGAUUUAGACCACAGCGCCACCCGUGCCACAUAGGGAAAGGAGUAGACCACGUUAAAAAUGAACAGAAGACUUUAGCUGCAGUUCAUUCAUUUUUAGCUUUGUACAGUGGUACCUGGGGUUACAGACACUUCCGGUUACAUAUUUUCGGGUUGCACACCGCACCGAACCCAGAAGUACUGGAACGGGUUCCUUCUGGGUUUCAGCGCUCACGCAUGUGCAGAAACACUAAAUCGCACUAUGCACAGAAGCACCGAAUCGCGACUCACGUGUGCGCAGACGCAGUGCUGCGGGUUGCGAACGCUGCGGGUUUGAAUGUGCCUCCCACACGGAUCACUUUCGCAACCCGAGUUUCCACUGUAUUCUUGUUAUUUAAAAAGUGUACCUAGACAUUCUGUUGUUGCAUCCAUAACCUAGGUUUAAGGUGCUAUUUAGCUCCUAGCUUUCAUAUCUCAGUUUCUAACACAAAUUGCUCUCCCACUUCCUGUAUUAUCCUUACAAGAACUCUGCAAGGUAGAUUAGGCUGAAAGUCAUUCUGGUUCAAGAUUACCUAAUGUGCUUCAUAGCAGAAUAGGGAUUGAAAUUCUGGUCUUCGAGAAGACCAACAUUCCGAGUCCAACAUGCUGACCAAUAACUCUGGCUCCGUCAUAGGAUCAUAUUAUAAAAUACUAUAAAAUACCCUGUUGUCCUUGUGUUGCAGAGAUGUCUACUCCUUGCUUUAUUUGGUUACAAGCUUCUGGUUCUUGCCUUCCUAUCUCAGAUAAAACAACACAAAAUAAAUAAAAGAUAUAAAAAUAAUGUUAUGGGCUCCUUUACUGCUCCUCAUAAUGAAGCAAUGGAUGUUCCUUCUAAAGCAAAAGGCCUUAAAAAGAGAAAAGAAGGAAACAUAAGAGGGGUUGGAAGGGAAAUUGAGUAGUUCUACUCAAGCCAAAGAGCUUAUCACCAAAGUUGACUGUUGCUUUUCAUCUAAAUGCUGCUUAUUUAAAUAGCAAUGUACUAAAACUUACAUUUUAAAGUAAACUUGAAAGACAGAGUGUAGCAGUGAAGUGGCACUUCCCUUUAGAUAUGUUUUUCUUUCAAGGAUGAAACAAAAAAAAAGUGCUUUAAAGGGUACUUAGAAGUUAUUAUUACAGUAGGGGCUGUUUAUUUAAACAAAAGCAUGUUCUCCCUGCAGUCACUUGUAAAGAAUGUUAAGGCCAAGUUACUUUGUAUGAUGGCUUUUUACACAGGCGGAGUGUAAUGACAUUUUUGGGGCCUUUAUGUUCAACUUUGUGGAGGACUGUCUCCUCUUUCCUGCAUUGAAGACUUAAUUGAACAAACAGCAUUGUAUUAAACAGAAAAUAUUUAAGUGAAAAGUAGAGCAGGCAUCAUAUGCUUCACUUAUUUCAGGUUGGAAGAGGCAAGUCUGGGGACACUAUGCACUAUAUGGGAUUUCUAGCUACCGAAGCAGGGAGGGGAACAGAGAACCAAAUAUGACCCUCUGGGUCUUUUUAUUUGCCCCUCAGAACCUGUUCCAGGCCACACUCCCUGACCCAGGCCACAAUAUUUAAGUGAAUUGCACUGCAUAAAUGAUAGCAGCAGCAGCAGCAUCUAAUUUUUUACCCACCCUUCACCAUGAGGUCCCAGGGUGGGCUAUAACAGUUUAAAAAUACAUCAUUGCAAAAAUUUGAAAAACAUUACAUUCAAGAUGAUUCAUCUCAAAUGUCGAAGACCAGGGUAAAGAGGUGCAUCUUCAGCAUCUGUCAAAAGCUACAUAAUGAAGGUGCUAGAGCACUUCUUUGGGGCUACUGCAUAGAAUGCCCUCUCCCAGGGGAGCCCCCAUAUUUAUAAGGGUGGUGGAACUACCAAGGGGGUUCCCUCUGCUGAUCCUAACACCUAUGAGGGUCUGUAAGGAAGGAGAUGAUCCUUUACAUAUUUGGGCUUAAACCAUUCAGGGUGUGACUGUUUCUUAGCAUGUUACCGUUAAUUCCAUUUCUUACAAAAUGUAUUUUUAUUCCAUCAAUAUGAAAAAUCUUUCAAGAAAUCUCAGUUUUAAAGCUGGUUCUGCGCCAGAUAAAAAUUAUACUUAGAAGUCUGAGGAUAUCUUGUUUUAAGACAAUUUUUGCUGGUGAUGAACAUAUUGUAAAGUUUGGGUGUGUCUGUCAUUUGGCCCCCUGCAAGAAGUAAACUAAUGUGGGAACAUAUAGAUGGGAGUUCUCUGCCCAUUGGGGGACUGAAAGAAGUUCAUUGAUAUGACAGGAGGAGAAGCAUUAGCAUACUGUCUUUAAAGCUUUCAUUCUAGGGAAGAAGUGAUCAGGAGUCGGUGCCCUGAUUGUUUUUGUUGUUGUUGGCAUCUCUCUGUCUCGGGAGACAAGGAGUGCACCUUUGGGGUUGAAGUCAAGCAGCUGAAGUUACAGCGCCAGCUGUGGCUGAGGAUACCGAUAUGGGAGAGACAUGCUUUAUUGCAGCUGUGGGAGGAUGAAGGAGUCCUGUUGUGUUGCUGCAGAACGUUUCCUUUCCUUACAGGCCUCUUGGGUAAUUUAUUCUUUGUUCUUUCCUCAUGGUGGGUUUCUGUAAUCUGGAUGGGCUGUUACUGACAUCUAGGUUAGGACAAUGAAAUAAGUUAACAUCUUGGGGUUAAAGUUAACAACUUAAACCCUUUUUUAAAAAAGAAAAGGCCAUUCUGAAAUACCUAUGAGAUGUUCUGCUGAUGUCCAGUAUAAAAUAGAAUCCAAGUUCAUUGUGAUGAUGGGCAUUCCACCUUAUCAAAAUGGAAUGGCAUAAGUAUAACUGGGAACUUCUUGAAUCUCCCUUAGCUGCUUACACCUCCUCGAGGGAGCCCCAUCUGCCUGCCAAGAAUCCUGGAGAAAGAGGCUGUGUAGGUAUCACACAAAAGUUAUUGUUAAAUAACAGAGUAAUCAUUAAAAUUUCCUGCCAACCUAGCAGUUGAAAGGACGUCAAAGUGCAAGUAGAUAAAUAGGUACCGCUCCAGUGGGAAGGUAAACGGCGUUUCCGUGCGCUGCUCUGGUUAGCCAGAAGCGGCUUAGUCACACUGGCCACAUGACCCGGAAGCUGUAUGCUGGCUCCCUCAGCCAAUAGAGCAAGAUGAGCGCCGCAACCCCAGAGUCAUCCGCAACUGGACCUAACAGUCAGGGGUCCCUUUACCUUUACCUUAAUCAUUAAAAUUAUUCAUACAAUCUUGUAAGCUGCUGAUAACAGCCCCUUUCUCCCUUCUUUGUGGCUGUUGAUGUGGAAAAAUGCUUACUGACCUUUAAAAAAAAUAAGCACAACUUGGAAAGCAUCAGGUUCCUCUCAUCAGUUUUACUGUGGUUGCAACAUUGUCUGAGACGUGGCAUUGCACUAAUGCAAAUAUAGGUUAGAGGUUUUGAGCAGAGAGGGUUCUCUUACCUGAUAAAGAUUUGGCUUUCGUUUUAGCUUCUGGCUCAAAUAACCUGCCGUACCAAAAUGGUUCUCAGGCAAGUGUUCCUUUUUACAUGGAAUUGUGUUGCAAUUGUUUGAAUAUUUUUAGUUUAUUGGAAUCAGAUUGAGUUUUGUCACUGUGCUUCUUUUUAAACUUUAGUUAUCUGCUUCUAGGCUGAAAUGUCUAGGCUGAGGACCAACCUCCUGUGUGCCAGAAACUCAGCAUCUGCUACUCACACUGUGUGUUAUCUGCCUGCACAUGGCCCCCUCUGUGCACCCCACCAGUGGCUAGAUAGUAGUAGCAGCUUCAGUGGCCACAGUAUGAGCAGUCACAGAAACUGACCCCAAGCUAGGACUUGUGUUAAUUGUAGAAACACUUGACCCAAAUAUGCUCAGUUAAGCUGCAUGUGGAAUUUAGUUUUGUUUAAAUUUAGCUUUCCUUGUCAAAUCAUACUGUCAUAUUUUUCAGGAAAACUGCAUUCUGUUCAGGAUGCCUUUAUCAAGUUUCAAAUGCUGGAGGGAUGUUACCUGAAUGUUGUUUAUCUUGCAUUAAUGGUCUUACCUUGGGGUGGGGGUGGCUUUAAACAGCUCUAUGCAUUACUUUUGUUGUGAAGCACAAAAUUAACAUUCCCCACCCACCCCAUUUCAGGCUGUGCAAAUACUUCCACAUUCCUAAUACAAUAGACUAAAUCCAUUUUUUAAAAAAAAAAAUCCCAAAACACUGAAUAUGAAAGGUUUCACUUUUUAAACUCAAACAUAGCACUAUCAUGACUACAGGAAUAAAUUGGAGUUUGCUUCUGCUGCCUAGGUGCUAAACAUAUUUACACAAAACCAAUCUGUGUGUGGAGGAAAUGCAUGGAUCCACCCCCCUUCCACAUUUAGGAGAUCACGAAGUGUUACAUUUGCACCAGGCCAAAGGACCAAUCACAAUAAGUGGGAUUUUAUGAUCAGUAAAGGAAGCAUCGUGUUUCUUCCGACUUGCAGAGAGUCCAUACCAGGCAAGGUUAGGGAGACAGCUGGGUACGCUUGUGCUGGGCCUCAGAGGGCUAACCUAGCUGGAGACCCCAGCCAGGGACCAGGUGGUUUUUUGUUUGAGUUUAUAACUUCUGUAUUCUAACAAGACUUUUGUCCCAGGCCUCAGAAAAGCUCUGCACAGGCCUGGUCCACACUGUUGCUUUUUCCUAAGAUGGUAAGGUAGCUGCAAUGGGCCAGGAAAAGCUUCAGUAAUUUUUCAACAUGGUCUCUUAGGCAGUAUAGUGUAAUGGUUAUGUUGUUGGACUAGGACUGUUUCUCAGCCCAACCUACCUCACUGAGUUGUUUGGAGAAUGAAAUGUAUGCCACCUUAAGCUCCUUGGAGGAAAAGUGGGAUAUAAAUGUAAUAAAUAAAUACAUACCUGGGACCCUUAGGCACAAGAAAACAUCUGCAGUCUCACCACCGUCACAUGGAGGAAGGGCAAACGAAUGAGCCUGGAGAGGCAAGUCUCUUCAAAGUGAGAAAUGCUAUUAGCUCUUUAACCAGCACCAUGCAGAUUAUUUUACAACAUGAAAUUUUAUUUUAUAAAUUUAAUUUAAUAUUAGCUGUAUGCUGUCUUCACACCAGUGCAGAUGGCAUAGGUGAUUUAAGUGGUUUAGGGUUAACAAUUGCCAUCAGUGAAUCUGAAUAUUAAUGACAAACCAAUACAGAAAGCACAAAGGUGUUGAUACUUGAAUUUCUACGCAAUUUUACUUAGGCUGCUCCUCUUCCCAGGGGGGUGGGGUUGCAAGCUCUCCCUGUGAACACCGGGGGCGUGGAGUGGGAAAGCCACUUGAGUUUGCGUCACUGGGAGUCCUGGCCACAUCACGCCCCCCGGCCAACCAGUCAGGUCGACUGGGGGGCGUGGCUUACCCUUUUUAAACUGCCGUGCGGCCGGGGGCCUCCUUCUCCUUACCUCCUCCUUCAUCGGAUCUCCCGCCCUCCUGUUCUAUUUUCAUGCGUUUGCCAUCUUGGCCUUGCUAUGGACCACAGUUGGUCACCUGUUGAGGGGGCCAGGUAGGAAUUUUUCCACUUAGCAAAUUGGCACCAGCCAUAUGGUUUUCGCCUGCCUCAUAGCAAUCGUCACAACUUUGUAAGGUUUGGUGGUUAGGCAUUGGUAAAACCUGGUUAUUGGAGGGGAGGUUGUGGCCUUCACCUGCCCCUCCUCUUUAAGGGUAUUUCGUUAAAAGGAUCCGGGUGUGUGGAUCCAGUCCGAAGCCCGGGUAUGGGCUAGGGCCGUGCCAUGACCCCAUCGGGGACCCUGGGGGAACUCGCAGUUGAUGUACAUCAGGCUUCCUCAACCUCGGCCAUCCAGAUGUUUUGAGACUACAAUUCCCAUCAUCCCUGACCACAGGUCCUGCUAGCUAGGGAUCAUGGGAGUUGUAGGCCAAAAACAUCUGGAGGGCCAAGGUUGAGGAAGCCUGAUGUACAUCAACAGGGCUCUCCCUACUGGUGGUUGACCCUUAUGAGACUGCCUGCACGGCAGGCAGGAGUCAGAUAUAGUUGGUUCAGUUCCAGUGCCUAAGCCAAUACUGCUCACAUCUGUAACCAAUAAAGUUGUGGCCUUAAUUAUCCCAUGAAACCAAUAUAUUGGUGUCCGUGUGUUUUAUUAUCCAAGAAAUGGGGGUGGGCUCGGGGCCUUGCCAUGCAAGUGUCUCUCUCUCUCUCUCUCUCUCUCUCUCUCUCACACACACACACACACACACACACACACACACAUUUUACAGAUCUUUCACAUUCUUUGUCAGGCUCUAUCUACAACCCUAACACAUUUGCUUUCAGGGAAUUGGUCUCUAACUGCUUUAAAAAUAAUAGAUAAUGCAGAGAGACAUUGUAUUCUCUGAAAUUGUGUGUGUUGUUUUUUUUAAAAAAAAUCCAGCUAUAUCUGCACUUUUACUUAAAAAGGUUUCUCAAAUGAAUGCGUUUGAAACAAAGCAGGCAACAGUGAACUGUCAUGCUGAAAUAAACCAGUAAUAAAGAUCUAGAAAAGAGACAAAACAAAAGUGAGUGGUGCACAGUAGUUGAUGUAAAACGGUGUAUCUUGUAAACUCUUGUGUUAACUGUGACCAUAUUCCAGACCUAUGUUUUACUGAAAACACGAUCGUUGAGGCAUGCCCUUGGUUGACUCAAAGUUCAGGCAAAUAUUUAUAAUCUAUGUUUAUACUUGGGUUUAUGUUUAUAUUGAAGUAUUCUAUAGAGAAACAAACUGCCUGGACAAACAGGGGGACUUGGUUACUUCCACUGAUUUUAUUUAUUUAUUCCUUCAACCAAGGAGAAACCCAAAGACUGUAUCUCUCAGGCAUAUACUGAGCUACCUUAAGCCUUGGAAUCUGCAGAGAAGUUGACAGUUUGAAAAUGUAGCUUUUUAAAAGGCAACUGCUGGCUGGGUGGGUGUAUUUAAAAAGGCCCUUAAAUCAGAAGUGGGUGGGAAGGCUACCAAUGACCAGAGUGUAUUUUAUUUAUUUUUUUGUGAUCCAAAUAGCUCAUCUUUCCACUCCCCUGGCAACUUAGACUAGGUUUGGAUGUACAUUCGUACCAUGGAAGUCGAACGGAAUCAGUUCUGGAAGUCUGUUCGACUUACAAAGCGCGGCUUCUGAUUGGCUGCAAGAAGCCGUGGAAGCCCUGUCGGACGUUCAGGUUCCAAAGAAUGUUUGCAAACCAGAACACUCACUUCUGGUUUUGCGGCGUUCGGGAGCCAAAUGUCCGAGUACCAAGGUGUUUGUGAUCCAAGGUACGACUGUAAUGGGAAACCAUGGAUUCCUGCUGUGUAGAUGAACCUGCCUGAGUGCAGCACUCAUAUACUUCCCCCUCUUUCACAACCAGGUGGAGGAGCUUGGAAGCUUUUGCUUCAAGUUUUAAACCAAUUGCAUGUCCAUGACAGUUCAACUAGGCAACCUCAAUAGUUUGGUAACUUACUGUUAUCCUGUCUUCAUUUGCUUUCUCAUAGAAUUUCAUAAGUGGAAUUGUGUUUGGAUUAUCCAAAUCCAUACUUCCAGGAUUUGAUUUUUUAGUUGUUGUUUUUUAAAAGAUUGCUUUUAUUAUUAUUAUUAACAAACCUGCAAAGGAGAAAUGUUUAUAAUUAUUACCUCUAGCUGCUUUGCCUGUCAACCCAAUUGGGAUUUGUCCUGUGCCUGAUAUAUGUUAACUAAUAUCUGAUCAUUGUUGAAAUAAAGUAACUGCAAAUGAUCAGGUGGCAUUUCACAACUGUUGGAGGGGGAGAGGACAGUGGUUUUUAAAAAAAGAAUAAGAUUUUGUAGUUAAGAUCAGAGAUCUGCUAUGCAAAUGUUAGACAAAAUAAAACAUUUCCAUUAGCUACAGACUGUACUUAAAAACCAUUUAUCAAAAUUGCAUGUUUAGUCUUACCCUGGUUGUAUUGAGGAAAAUUACAAGUACAAAUCACAAAGGAACUAUAGUUAGCCAGAGAACAAAGCCUGUGAGACCACUGAACCUUUUGUGUGCAUGCCUUGUCUCUUCAAAUGCUAUUCCCCUUCUUGUUCGAAAAUCUGGCAGUGCACAAUCCUGGCAAAUCCCUUGUGCACAUAAUGAAGAAAGACUAAAGGGCCAAAUUAUCCUAGUAAGGUCAUUUAAGGUAAUGACAUAUUAUAUUCAGCUCCUAUUGAAAUACAAGAAACUUGAUGUAUAAUAAAUCUUAUUACAAAGUGUGAGACAUCCAGCAAGAAAACAAUACGCAUGCAAUUGUAACACAGUUGUUGCACACAUAACAUCUUUUUGGAUAUUGAAUUAUUUCUAAUUCUUAGAAUUUAGAACUAAGGCUUGGAGUCUGAGUAGACACUGAAAUUGACGGGGCUUUGAUUGAUUUCACUGUAUCUAUCCUAAGUCUUGAUCCAUCUAACCUUAUGUGUUGAACAAAAUAUAUGUGGAUGCAGCCUAAAAUUGUUAAUGGGUUGUUUUAAAGACAUCAACCAUUAUUUGUUAUAUCACAUACUUCCUCAGUUGUGAAUUUAGACUUCAUUUGAAGAAGAUGUCUUAUGCAAUCCUUUUGUCUUUCACAUUUGGAACAAAUUGCAAUAGUCAGUUGAUACGUUUAGAAGCUUUUAACAUUUGUCAGGUGGUUUUUUUUUAAUGCAAACCUAAAUAACGUUGCAAAAUUUGCUGGUAAUCUGAAAUAUAAUCUGAAAUUGGAAUAUAAAUCUUGCAAGUGUGGAUCUUGUAAAUAUAAAUCUUGCAGCCCUGUUGUUAGACUUUUUUAUUCAGUGUUGUAAAAUAGAACAGGGGUAGCCAAUAUGUUGUUGGACUACAACUCCUGUCAUCCCUCCUAUUGGUUUUGCUGAUUGAGGCUUAUGGGAGUCCAACAAUGUCUUGAGGGUGCCUCAUUCUAAUGUUAAGUACCAUCUGCAUUGGGCUGUAAUGCCAAAUUAUGUUUUAGUGUUAUGUGCGCAAGUGUUAGGCUUACCAGCUGUCCCAUUCCCUUUCACCUUCUGUCAUGGCUGUGAGAAGGCAAUCAGAAGUUUUCAUUUCUGUCCACAGUUUAGCAUGUACAAUAUAGCUAAACCCAGGCGACCUGUGAGUAGUAUUAACUGGUUUACAGAAACAACUUCAAUCAGGGGUUUAUGAAGCUAGCUUGUUUCAAUAAACCAUAGGCAAGAUUCACCACUAUAGCUUCUAGUAUCUUUCACAGCUAUGCCAGAAUAGAGGAAGCAGGCAGUACAUGAGCCCCAACACUGGUUCAUGUUACGCUAAGUUACAUUUUAGUACAUUCAAAUGCAGCAACUUUUUAGAAGACGGUCUUACUAUUAAGUUCAUUUUAUGCAUUGAAUGGGGUGCAACAAAACUCUGCAGUUCUUAAUUCAUGAACAAGCUUCCAUGUGCUUCCACUCCGCAUUCCACCCCUUGCAAACAUUCCAUGGUCACGGAGCAUGCUCAGUUCUCAUUGGGCUGCACUUUUAGUAUUUUUUAUUUUAUUUGUGCAGACCUUGAGCUCCCCAGACUUACUGAUACCUCCCUCUUGUGUGUAGAUAGUGCCCUUUUUUGCUACGAAAGGACUGGCACUUAGAGAAUGGGUUCAUUAUUAGUAUACAGUGUAAGGCUUUCUGUCAGGAAACAAUUGAAGAGAAUACCAUUGUUUAAUAUUCUGACUGCCAGCAUUUCAUGCACCGCUACCCAUCCCAGGUACAGAUGAGGAAAAGGUCAAAUGCUAGCCCUCUUCAUGUUACACAAGCAGAUAACGAAGACAUGACUCUCAGGAAUUUGCAGCCGCGGAUUUAAUGAGGGCAGUGGUGUCAAACCAUUCAUUGAAAAUGUGAGGAGAAUGAGGCUUUCGGCAGCUGGUGUGCAGGAGAGCUACAAUUGUCUGUAUUGAUAACCUGAAUGUUGUUAUGGCAAGUUGCACUAGGCAUGGAUAAGGAAUCCUCGAGUGCUGCUGGCUGUAAAUUAAAGUGCCAACCUUGUCACAGCUUAUUAACAGGUUACCUUCAAUCAAGUUUAAAGGAGCAAGCCUGCUCUUAAAUGGCUAUUAUUUGAAAGGGACACAUUUAGUGGAAUUUCACCCCCACUACCACCGUCCAUUACUUUAAAAAAAUCUUGAUUGUGUACAGGCAUUCAUUAAAUAAUGAUAAUAAAAUAGUAAAGUUGUCACAUGAGAAACAUAUAGUAUAGUAAAGUAUACAUGAGAAACAAUUUUAGUAAGCACUGAAAAAACAUCAGUGUUGGCACUCAGAGAGGAGUUGGUUCUGUAAGAUGGGUGCCACCAUAGAAAAGGUCCUCCCCCUGAUUUCUGCUAACCAGAGAUAAUUGGGACCAAAACUAUAUAGUGGUUUACUGGUAAGGACAAGCACUUUGAACUGGGACAGGAAACAAAUAAGUUCCAAAGCAGGUGAUAACAUGUAUGAAAAUAUGAGAUCACCAAACCAUGGAUAACACUGGAAAGGUCUCUCCCAGCAACAGGGGCUGCCAGUGAAUCAGUCAAAACUGAUAACAGACAGUCAUGCUGCAGCCACAAGCAGGGAAUCCAAGAGCAUGCCCCCAUAUGACCUCUGUCAGUUCUUUCAUGGGUAACAUUAAAUACAAUACUCAGUCAUAAGGAAUUCAAUGGGAUAACUGCUCCAAGAUAGCUGGAAUCUGCCCUUAUGAGAAAAAUGUGAUAAUUACUAUGCUAACAAGCCUUCACCAGCUAGGAUGGGCAAAGGUCUAGAAUGCAAGUUAAGUCUCAACCCAUGCUGUGACUUUUCUGAAUCCUCUGGCAGAAUCAACUGAAACUCCUCUGAGCAAAUCUGACACAUAGGUGCUAAGGGGCUUUCCAGUAAAUUCCCUAUAAGAAAAGCGGAAAUAACUUAGCAAAGGAAGAAUGCUACUAAAUAUUUAACCACAUGCUAAAGGUUAAUCUGUUUCAAGAGGCUUGUUUGCCAGAGAAUUUUGGGAAGAAAUGUAGGUGGGGAAAGCAUUUCUAUUUUUGGAAUAUACGUUUGAUAUACCCUGCUCUAACAUGAGGCCGCAAGGGGUCUCCUUUUCAGCUUACUGAACAGAUCAACACCUGAAACAUCUUAACCAGGUGAUGCUCUUGGCCCACCUGCUGCAUUUAAUUUACAGUGCAGAUAUUUAAAUACUAAGGCUAUUUUAGUGUACAUGAAAUCUGGGAAUCUUUGGAACUGUCCAAUUUCUUGCUUGUGAAGCACAAUCACUUGCUCAGAAGUAAAUUCUACUUUGUUUAGUGGAGCUUACUUUGACGUAAAUAUGUUGCAGAACGUAGCCUAAGUGUGCUUUCUCCGCUAGUGGAAUUUAUGAACUAAGCCUAAUGAAGAAACCUUACCCCCCCUUUUUUUUUGUACAGCAUAAUUCUACACUUGAAUUUUCUGUGCAGGAGCUAUAAACUCAAGUGUAUCCAAGUCUGUUGUCUCCAUUUCUGGAAAACGGAAACUGAAUAUUAAGGUGUAACCCUCCUUCAAGAACACCCAAAUUGUAGGGGGGUUUUUUGCUUUGCAAGCGGCAAAGAUUAUUAAUAUGGGGAGCAACAACCACUGCCCAUUGGCCACCUCCCCUACAUUUAUACUUUAAAUUGAUCUCUGUUUUGUAGGGGAGUCUUGGAGACUCUUGUGCAAGAUUAAAUGGAGUGAAAAGUGGUGAUAGUCUUCUUUAGGAAGCAAAGAUAAACAAUACACUCACUUGUAUUGCAUAAUUUAGCUAGGUGUCCAACUGGAGCGCAGAAGGAAUCUGUUUCCUGAUUCCAGAGUUUUCAUCCAGUUUGGAUAGUGAGUGUUUUUGAUCCAAUUGUUUUGUGGCAACAGCUGUUCACCAGCUGCUGUCAGAGGUAAACGAGAUACCAGUUUAUUUUUAAACUUUAGUUUGCUAAAUGAAAAUUUCCUUCAGAAGCCUCACCUCAGCACCAAAAUAUCUUCUUAAAUUCCUAGAAUUGCUGGUGUACCAUGUGAAUUUUGACUGCUCUUCUGUAUGCUGAAAACCAACCCAAAAGUAAAAUGGAAGGUUAUGUUAGCUGGAAAGAAGCUGCUGCUGUUUUACAUGUUUAUAACAAAAAUGCAAAGAACAGGAAGGAGGAAGAAGUUUCAGUGUAGGAUAUGGGGGAAAUAGAAUGUUAGGAAAAGUCCCACCAUGAAACAAACUGGAGGAGGAAAACCAGGUACGCAGGUGAAAUUGGAUACUGAGAAAACCAUCCAACAGUGCUUCAGAAAUUUUAUGUACCCUUUAUAUAAGAAAACUGGGAAUUUUGUGGAAGAAGAAGAAGAAGAAGAAGAAGAAGAAGAAGAGGAGUUUGGAUUUGAUAUCCCUCCUUUCACUCCCCUUCAGGAGUCUCAAAGCGGCUAACAUUCUCCUUUCCCCUUCUCCCCCACAACAAACACUCUGUGAGGUGAGUGGGGCUGAGAGACUUCAGAGAAGUGUGACUGGCCCAAGGUCACCCAGCAGCUGCAUGCAGAGGAGCAGAGACGCGAACCCGGUUCCCCAGAUUAUGAAUCUACCGCUCUUAACCACUACACCACACUGGCUCUCUACUGGAUAGUAGGACAGGAUAUAUUGAUUAAAUAUUAUCUUUCCUAACUCAUGCUAAUGAGUCACACAUAUAUAGCAGAGUUCAUUCCCCGUUAUACACAGCAAGAAGCUAGUUGCAGAUUCGUUUGAAUCACUUUAGUUAAGCAAUCCAAUCUGGCAUUCCCAGAUUGAUGUGUAUUCCUGGUAAGACCCCUUUGAUUCCCUCCUAAAAGAAUAAAGACACAAGAGUCUUCCUUAAAAGUAAUAAGUUUACUUGCAUUCAGUUCAGAGUAUGAUCCCUGAAGGCAGGCUUUAGCUUGUAGUUACAGAUAAGAGUGUGGCUUAAACAUAUUUUAUGAGGAUGGGCCCAUGUGCUGCUGGCUGGGAGCCAGCAGUGCAGUCCAAGAGAAGAAAUGGCAUCAAAAGAGAGAAAUGGUUGCGUGACUGGACCUUUUGUGGGAUCUGCAAGGGUCAUGCCCACCUACUGGUCACCUGCAGGGGGAGGCUCUCCAGAGUAGGUGUAACAGGAAGUUCAACUGGCUGGAUCAACAUCCCCUGUCUAUGUCCUCUCUAGGCAAACAAGGAAUGUUGUACUUGACUGCUCCAGUGGAUUACAUCCACAAAACUAGUGGAAAUUACCCAAUAUUGCUCAUGAGAAUUCUAAGAAACCAAAACUGAGGUUCAUAAAUGGAUAAUGUAAUGUGUUAAUUUAUAGGUCUAUGCAUGCCUUCCCCCAACCCAACUUGGGGAAGACUCAACCAGAAUCUUGCCCCAAAUAAUAAUGUUUAAUUAUGGCUUUUGAAAACCUCUAUUAUUGGGAGGGUGAAGGGGGAAGGAAAUGAUGGUCCUGGGUUAGGUGUCCUCUUCCUGCCCUGGGACACUUUAAAAAAAUCUUUUGGGGGCUUGCUUCCACAGUGUGUUCCCUGUGUACAACAUGCUGGUUAAACAGUUUACUGCAGCCAGCAGGAAUGCAUCCUUCCUGCACCAGCUGGUGAGCGGAGGCUUCAAUCUUGCUCAAUUUCAGUGGUCUUCUUUAGCUAUAGUGUCUUAGAUUUUGCUGCUGUUUUUAUUUCAAUUGGUUGUGAAUUUUGCUGUUCUUUCACUUUGAACACCAGUGUAAUGUAAAUCAUUAAUUUUGUGUAAACCAAAAGAAGUAUUUGCUGGCAAAUGUAAAUGUACCUUCGAAUCUAAUGCACACCUUAAUUUUCACAAUAUAAUUUGGCCAAAAAAGGUGAGCAUUAGAUUCAAGUAAAUACGGUAUGUAUAAUGGGGAUGCAGGACUUGAAAGAAGGCUGACUGAAUUGUACAUAACCCAUUACAUUAACCACUUUUACAGAAUUGGAACUUAAUUAAUGGCUGUCGUAUAGUGGUGGAAUGCUAGAGAAAUAACAUUAGAUAUUUUGAAAGUCAGUAAGAGUGCAAUCCUGUACAUCUCUACUCAGAAGUAAUCCCACUGGCUGAUAUCCAGCACUGUGUUAGUGAAAAAUGAUUUUCAGACAAAGAAUCUUUCUCUUGCCUCCUCACCCUGGAAGUCCCAGAACCACCCAAAGAUGGGGAGGAAAAAGAGAACUGAGGUCUUCAUGAGAGGGAAAGGUUAAUUGUUUGAGCUUGCAUCCGCUCACACAUCAUUGAGUAUCACCCAUUGAAUUCAAUGACAUUUACAUCCAGGUGAGUAGGUAUAGGUUGCAGCUGCAAAUUAUAAUUGAGAAGUCUGUUGUGCUGUUUGAGCCUGUGUUGGAAAGUAUAUUCUAUUCAGUGGUAUCUAGAACUGCAAGUCUGUUGCCUGCAUAAACUAAUACGGAUUGAAUCCAAUGUAGCAUCAUUAGCACAAGAAUUUACCACUAAUGGAACAAGGUGCAUUGGAUGCCAUUGUCAGUUUAUUAUUUCAGCCAGUUUUUGGAAAUCAAGAAAUAAUUUAACAACUUUUUACACCUUAAUUGUAGAAAAUUAAAUGAACGAAUGAAUCAUGAAAAAUUUGUAUUAAACUAGCAAAGAUCUAGUACUGUAUACUUGCAUGAUGUGUGACGUUAUAGGGAUAUUUAAACAGCAACAACAUUAUUUUUCACUUAAUGUUUACUUUUAUAAGCUUUAGUUGACCCAUUCUUCUUUAUUCCUUCAGGGUAAUUUAAUUUUCAGAACCUUUGGUUUUUUAAGUAGUGUUAGGAAUUCCUAAACGUAUAUGUCAAUAAGUAUUUAGACACUCAGGAUUUCAGGCAGCAAAGGCAACGAUCAUAAAGGUAAUGAUCACAAACAGUGAGCAUAUUGAUAACAAAACUGAACGCACUGUGGGUAUAAUAGGGGACAGGGGCUACGUUGCAAGACACGACAUCUAUUACCACCCUUUGUAUUCUUUUAGCCUUUUGUUAGUGGUUUGUAGCAUGACUAGAUUUCUGGGUCAUUGGGCAUUUUUCUCCUCCCUCCCAAUUUUAGAAGAAGCUUCUUUAGUGGAAUGUUGAGAAUGAAGCCAUGCUUUUCUUUUCUUUUCGUUUCUUAUUGUACCAAUCAUUAACUCUUGCUGGGAGAACAUUGUGCUUGUAAACAACUGCUUCACUACAGGAAGAAAAGGUUGGAGGCGGGGCAGCAGGGGAAGAAUGAAUAAAUACUCACUUGUUCCAAAUGCCUUAUAUAGUAUUGAUGCCUGGAUUUUGGCAAAUUGAUAUCUUGUCUUCAGAACCUCUGCUCAUCCAGUCUAGUAGUUAGCUGCCAGGUAAUGUUCUGUUUCCUCUCUUGGAACUUCAAAAUGAAAACAUUAUUAUGGCAAUUUCAGUUUCUGCAAAAAUGGAGGAGGGACAUAGCAGUGAUAUAGCUUAUUUCCACCAUUAAAUUGGUCCACACAACGAUGUGUUCACCAUACCAAGAUUAGUUCAAUAAAUGAAAACCUUACAAUAGAAGGAUGUGUGCAGUCUUGAAAGGGUAUCAGUUUUACUUAUACCGUAAUUCUAGGCCCAGAAAGUGUUGAAUUGAGCUAUUGGGAAAAAUUAAUCGAAGGAAUAAUAAGCCAGAUGUUGUUAACUGUCUACAGGCUCACCACCCCCAUCCUUCUCCCUCAUGUCUAAACACUGCCAAAUGGUGGUUCAUCUUCAAAUCAUAGGGCAGAUCCAUACCAUGCAUUUAAAACACAUUCAAUUCUCAUUUAAAGCUCAUAACCUCCCCCAAAGAAUCCUGGGAGCUGUAGUUUAUUAAAGGUGUUGGGAACUGUAGUUCUGUGGGGGGGGGGGAAUCACACUUAACAGGAUUCUUUGGGGCAAAUUACGUGUGUAUUUGAUGUGUUUUAAAUAUAUGGUAUGGAUCUGCCCAGAGCUUAUGAAGCUGACUUGUUUUUAACUAGCCGUAAUUAAGGUUCUCCACAGUUUAGGGUUUGGAUGACAAGCUAAACUCUGCCCAAUUUAAAAUGGAAUCAGAAGCUUCUGAUGUCCUCCUCAUGGCCACACUGGAGGGGCCCACACAACAUUGUGGGGCCCACACUAUGAACCUGUGUGUGUGUUAGACUUGCUCUCUCAACCUUUUAAAGCAGAGGUUGCCAACAUGGUACUUUCCAGAUGUUUUGGACUGCACCACCCACCAGCCCUAGCCAGUAUGUCUGACAGUCAGAGAUAAAGGGUGUUAUAGUCUGAAAUAACCAGAAGGUGAUAUGUUGACUACCCGUGUGCUAAUCCAUGUUUAGCAUUAUAUCAGAACAUACCCUAAAUCAAGAACAUGCAAGUUUAUCAUAUGCCAAUGCCGUUCACUUAAUGUCCCUAUAAAUUGCAGUCUACUAUUUAUGAAAGCUGCAGUCAAAAAAGAGAGAAGGCAGUGCAAUUGCCCCAAUCAUCUUAAGAUCAUUUUCCAGACUAUCAGAAAAGUUUGUUUUAAUUUACUGCUUUUUCCAAAAUAAAAAUGCAUUUAAAAGGUCUAUAAAAUUUCUAAAUCACUUAAUAUCAACAUGCCAGAACUAUUUCUAAAUUAUUAUUUCUACAUUUGUACAGACUAGAUUGGAAAUACGAUUAUCCCAGAAUUAUGUCUAAUUUUAAAAUACAAUUGGACUUUGAGGAGAGGGAGAUAAGGAAGAAAACUCUUUAUACUGGGUUUACCAUAUUUAAAUGUUCACGCCUCCCUAAUAAAUAUUGUAACACUCCUAAUAUCAGCUGAUAAAAGUAUGAGCCUAGUUUGAGGUGAAUUUUUUAAAUCUAAAAUUGUUCUUACUUUUCAGUUGCUUUCUGUAGAAAUUUGACAUAGGAGAUUUUGAGAGAUCUAAAGUAUAUAACAAGAAAUGAAUUUAAAAGUAAUUGUUUGUGCUGAAGUGUUCAGCUUUUGUGUCUUCUAGCUGAAGGUGUUGCAAAGGUUAAUAGCUAGGCAGUCACAUCUAUUGCAGCAAAAAGCACUUCAGCUAAAUCAGUGUUAGCUUCCAUUUAAGGAAGAAUGUCUGCUACAACCAUUGGUAUUUACUAACUGUGCCUAUGAAAACAUUCCUUUUCACCCUCAGAUGCUCAUUCAGCUGUCUGUUGUCUAAGGGACAUUAUUACAGGCUUUACCAUGCAGUUGGAAAAAUUAAUUGCACAUUUUAAUACUGUGAACAGUAGCAUCUGACUUCCACCUCUGUAGAAUUUAGUUACUGCAAUGCUGCUGUUGUGAUGGUUCUAAAAACUUUUUGCAUAAACCACAAUUUUUUGCAGAUUGUGGGUGCUGCAAAUGCUUUAAAAACAAAAUAGUCUUCAUGUUAAAUCAGACUCAGCAGUUGAAUUCAUCCUGCCUUGUCUAGAAAUAGGUUAACCCCUUGAAAUUCCCACAACAGUCAAUGAUAGUUUGUUGGAUGGAGGAUAUUACUUUUGAAUGUGACCAAUGAGUUGGUUUUUCUUAGUUGUUUAAAGGUACAAUAGAUGCCAUCUUGCAAGCUGUAAAAAGACAUGUUUUAAACUGCUCUUGGAAAGAAACCAUAGCUCUCCCACUCCUUAUUUUACAAUCAUUCCUAAUAGCACUUUUGUUUUGGAUUUAGAUCAAACAUAAUUGUUCUUGCAUCAUUGCACCAGAAAAUCAAAUACAGUGGUGCCUCGCAAGACGAAAUUAAUUCGUUCCGCGAGUUUUGUCGUCUUGCGAUUUUUUUCGUCUUGCGAAGCAUGGUGUCGGGAAAGUUUUGGAAAAGCUUCAAAAAUCACCAAAGUCUUUAAAAACCUCAAAAAGGCUACCACACCGCGUUCUAUGAGUUGCUCCUCGAAGUCAAGUCACAACUGUAUUAACGGUGUUAAGAAAAAGGAAACAAACUUGCAAGACGUUUCCGUCUUGCGAAGCAAGCCCAUAGGGAAAAUUGUCUUGCGAAGCAACUCAAAAAACAAAAAACCCUUUCGUCUAGCGAGUUUUUUGUCUUGCGAGGCAUUCGUCUUGCGAGGUACCACUGUAGGUGAAAGUUAUUCCAUUUUCAAACAGUAUUCACAAAUACAAAAAAUGCAAUAAAACUCUUAUUCAUUAAAAAUGUGUGUCAUGUCUGUACAAGGUUAGAAAGAAGGAAGGAAGGAAAUAAAUAUUGAUCUAAACAUGUAAGAUUCCCUGUGGGCCAAACAUUUUCUAGCCUGUUAUGUUCCCUAUUCCUCCACUAAAAUGAGACAUCUCCCUACCCCCAAUUUUAAAUGUGUGUUCUGUGUACUACUUGAAGCAUGAGUCAAAGGUUAUUGUCAAAUUUCCCAAGAAUAUCUAACAUAGUAACUAAUUUUACAAAUUCUGAUGCUUUUUGUUUUUCGGUGGCAGCAUGGAGACUCAGGGUUGAGGUUGCCUUGAGUGAUGGCAGAUUCUCCUCUCCCAUUCUUACCACUUUCUGAAGUUUUAUACAGUAAGUCCCCCUGUAUUGAUCACCUUUUAAGCUAAUAGGCAAGCCUGUGUGAGUUCCAUGGUGCUCUCUCUGCCCAGGAAAAAGUGCAGUGCAGUUCACUACUUUAUUUCCUUCCAGAUGGUGGGAGUGGGCUUUUCAGGUGAAGAUGGAAUGGGGGGGGGGACUGAGCAGUGGAAAAGUGGUGAAAAGGGGAAGUUACAGGGGGAGAGCUAAGUAAGCAAAUGGGCAGCCAGCCAUUUAUUGCAAGGCUGUGUUGGUAUGUCGGAAGUAAAACAGCUGUGGAGGAAUGUAAGUAAUGUGAGGAAUGCUUGCAUUGGGAAAGUGGCUAAUUAUCCGUUGAAAGGUUGCAAGGUUUUUGAACAUCUUUCUCUCCCAAGUCACUUUGCAUAGCCAUUGUUCAGCUUGUUCGUUUAUAACCCAGUGGCAAAGCAUUUAAUAAGAUGGAAUAGAAAGGUCCCCAAAGACUAUACUGAUGAAACUGCUCAGGCUUGAAUAAGUCUACAGAAGGAAGUUCAGAGGACUAAAAUUCAUCAGAGAGGGGUUUUGUUAAACAAAGAAUCAAACAGGUCUCUGUAUUAAGGGUCAGGUGGAUCAGGCUCAAAAACUGCAAAUGCUAAUAGAGGUGGGUGGAUUUUUUGAAAGAAGUACCAUUCUAUCCCCUGGGGAGAUACUGAAAUUCAAAAUGGGUUGUAUAAUAGAUUGGAAUAUAUUUUUAUCAAUAAAAGACAUUCUGCUCUUGUAUUUUUACCUUCAGUUUAUCCCAAGGGAUAGGUGUAGUCAGUUUUGAAUGGCACUGGCAAUAUAUGGUUUCAAAGUCUGGUUGAGAAUUGUGUUCUUUGAGCCAUGUGUUUUAAUCAUUCUUGAUUUAGGCAUCUGCUUUUUUGUUGUUGCUGCUCUUGUUUCCACAACUUGAUGUUUAGAAGGAAGUAUAAUUACUGUAAUCUCAAGUGUUUAUUUCAGUGCUAAGGAAUUUACCGUAUUUUUCGCCCUAUAGGACGCACCGUCCCAUAAGGCGCACCUAGUUUUUUGGGGGGGAAAUAAAGGGGAAAAAAUUAUUUCCCCCCCAGGCGCGGGGCUGGGGCGGGGGAAGCCCGAGCUUCCCCCGACCCCAGCCCCCAAACAGGCAGCUCUCUGCAAGCCAUGGGAUCCCAGCGCUGGCUCCUGCUGCUUCCUGAGAGGUCCGCGAAGCCUGGACGCGCUGAGCUCAGCGCGCGCAGGCUUCAGCGUGCAGGCAACUCUCCGCAAAGCCUGGAGAGCGAGAGGGGUUGGUGCGCACCGACCCCUCUCGCUCUGCAGGCUUCAGCGAAAGCCUGCAAUCGCCCCAUAGGACGCACACACAUUUCCCCUUCAUUUUUGGAGGGGAAAAAGUGCGUCCUAUAGGGCGAAAAAUACGGUAAUCAAUUCUCUAUAUUAAGCUCAGAUGUGUAACUGUGUAAGUAUCCUUUUAAAUAAAUGGUUGUAUCAGAGUCAGCAUAUUUGGAAUUGUUGUUAAUAGGCUAUUGAAUUUAAAAAAUACAAAAUCACAGGAAGAUUAUUUGAGCAGUGUGUGUGUGCACGCACACAUACUCUCUUCUCUCUCUCUCUCUCUCUCUCUCACACACACACACACACACACACAUGCAUGCUUGUGUGUUUAUAUAAAUACCGGUAUAUAUGUAUCUCCACACACAUAAUAAACACACACAAACAUACCUUGCUGAUAGAGGAGCAAUGUAUAGAAGCUGAGAAAAUAGUGAAAAAAAUUCUAAGUGUAAUUUACCCCUUAAAUCUUGGAUACUCUGAAACAUUUAAAGAUGGUAAAACCCUGAAAUUCUAUUUGAUUAGUUCAGCCAUAAUAGAAAACUAUGGUUGUCCAGUAUGAGAACAAGGUGUGGCCAGCCUUGUGCUUCCACAUUUCCCCCUUCUACCUCUUAUUUCAUGUAGCACAGAAUAUCAACAUCCCUCCAGAUUUCCUUGAACUGCAACUUCUAUCAUCCCUGGGCAUUGGCUGUGUUGGGUGGGGCUGAUGGGAGCUGGAGUUCAACAACCUUUGGAGAACACAAUGUUAAUUACCAUUGGCUUAAGCUAUGCUGAAUACUGCUGAAUUGUCUCCAACCAUAGUUUAACAAAACAGUUCCCAAAGUUCAGGAAAUCAUGGGAAACUGGUUGGUAUAGAAGCAAAAGCUGCUCCUCACAGACGUGAGAAAAGGGGGCACUCACAAACUUGAAGCUGUUCUGCAGUGAGUGCUGACUUCAGCAGAGACAAACCAAGAUCACCCUGGACAGCUCCAUGCAGGGCUCAGGAGUUCAUGAGAACAAAACUCAGAUAUUGCUUCAGCAGCAGUCAUCCUCCAAAUGAGCUUUACAUGACUCAGUAGCUACCUCCACGUUUGCUGAGAGAAGCCUCUUAUUUAAAGGACCCCAGCUUGAUGUAUCAGUUAUUGACUGUGGCAGAGUAGAGGAGACUGUAGUUGUACUAGAACUUCUGAGUUGGAGUUGUCACAGGAGGGCCACACAAAAUUGUCAUGCUGGAUGGAUACUGGCACCAUGGGCUCUUCUGGACGAAGUUGGUUAGGUGCUUCUGGGACUGGCACUGAGGGCAAUUCCCUGUCCCACUCUGAAUCUGCAACCUCCUCUCCUGAUGAAAAAGAGCUUGGCACCAGGGGCAUAACCAGGUUUCUCAUUAUAUCUGCAUUGUGCCCAUGUGACUCAAAGCAUCUGAUAUGGAAUGCAGGGGCUUUCAUGAGGUCUGUUUUGUAAAAUGAGUUACUGGUGCUAAUAGUAAUGGGCCACAGCUCUCCUGAACAAAGCAUCUAUGCUAGAAUGUGCACAGGGCUGACUGAGCAUAAUUAUCUCGACUGCUUCAUUUUCUGCGUCUCACCAAGCAACAGAACAGUUUUCCUAGAGGUUUCUCAAUAUGCAAGUGGCUCAGAGGAUCUAACAUGGAUGGCACUUCUUAGUUUUCCAGUAGCUACUUUAGGAUGCUGCCUCCAUGAUGCUUCUCUUUAGUGAUAUAGCCUUGGGGAGCAACAUGUGUGUGGCAUGGUGUUUCCCACCAACCCAUCCUUUUUAGGUCUCUAGGUUCCAGGGAUGCUUGAUAGCUGAAGUCAUCGGUGACCAGAAUGUCAUCAGUUCUCAGAAACAGAUUUAAGUGUCAUUGCCAUUUUUGUGACCAUGGUGUUGGUGUACAAGGAACAAUAAUUGUCGUGUAGAAUCUGUGGGGAUGGCCCUUGAUCUUAGAACAGCUUUGUUAUCACAGGCUAGAACAUGAGAACUCAUACCAAUGCAGGCAGCUUGUUAAUCAUUCUGUAACUGUGAGAUGUGGUUUAGCAAACAGUCAUUGAAGGCACCUGACUGCUUGUGUGUUAUUUAAAAACACUGUCACAAAGAAAUGUGUGGACAGAGGUCAUUGGAAACAUUUGGGUUGGGGCAGAAGCAGCCACAAAGGUGUGGUCUGCUCAUAUAGUCUGCUCAAACUGCUUCUGUUUACCAUGGAUGAUCUCUCUCGGUGAGAUUUUUUGGGAUGUCUUUUAAAAAUUAACUUAUUUUAAAAACUAACUUCCUUUUCCUACAUUCACAUUCUCCGACACACUCAGGUGAGUGGUAACCAGCAAGUACAUAUAAGUGAGUUUCUUUGCCGAAAGAAGGUGUGUUCUAUGGUUUGGCACAAUUUGGUAUGGCUGCUGCUCUGCCUUUAUCAAUAUUUCUUCUUCCCCUGACUCCUGUGUCCUUAUUUUUUAAAACACCUUGAUUCCUCUGAAGGCCAAGUUUGUUCAGUGUGACCCCAAAUCAUAGACCUCUUGCAUUUCUCAGGCUUUUGCCUUCUGUUUUCUGCCAACAUAGCUUUAUCUUCAGGUGGCUUCACAAUCUGAACACUUCUUGCCUAUGAAGCUUUUCGGAGGUUUUAUUCUGUGAUUAUUUAAAAUGAUAUGUUAAUAAUCAGUUUUAAGGUCUAGUCUCAAUGUUUUCAUUUUCCCAGUGCAUUAACAUACAUUCCUUGCAUUAAUCUUUGCUUACUUCAGAAGUCUAAUGUGUGGUUAGUGGUUCUUGUGAAGAAAUCUGGCUUUUAAAGACCAGGAGACUAUUUCUAAAUUUUGAACUGCAUUCCUAAUUCUGGAAAGUCUCUUUGUUCAUCAAGCUUCUGUGACAGCACAGAAAUCCAGACAAUACCUAGAGAAAAUAAUAGGUUUGCAGCAAUCCAAAGGUUAUGUGUUUUUCUUUCAAGUUACCUUGAGCUAGUUUUGGAAAAUUUGGAAAACAUGCAUACGUUAUACUUUUCACUUUCUUAAACUACUCUGAAAUUUUGCAACUGUGUAUGAUUAGCACCAACACCAGAGUUCUACAGACAGCAGUGCAAUAUCGCAGAUAAGUCACUUGCAACAUAAUGGUGUUUUGUGUUUUAGCAUCAUAAACCACUCUGAUAUUUUAUGAUAUGGUGGUAUAGAAAUAUUUUAAUAAAUAAAUGAACUACUGUUUGUUUUAAAGAAGGUUAUGCAGCAUACCCGUUGAUUUUCCUUAUUUAAAGCCAUAAAAUCUACAGAAUCCAGAUGCUUAUUUAAAAAGAAAAACCUCUCUUCAUCUCACUUGAGUUUAUAUAAUGUAAAUUGAAGUUAGAUGGGACGUCCUUUCUAAAUCUUCAGAUUGUACACAAAGUUGUCUGACUAAUAUAAAGGGACAAAAAACAAAGUUGCUUCUCAUUUUCCAUGUCUGUCGCCACUUGCUCCAUCAACAUACUUUAUUGCAAUUUUAAGAUCUGUAUAUUCAUUUUCAUAAUCAAAGCCAGCUUUCCAUAGUCAAAGGAGGCACUUACUCUGGGUGAAGGCUGUUGAGUCAGACCUUGCUAAGAAGCUUUCUGACUUUUUAGAAAUAUAUUUGCUGAAAAAUACAUUUGGGGAAGAAAAAUGGCCACAGGGUGAAAAAUCUCCCUUACAACUAUGACCUGCCAGGACUAGUGAUGGCUUCAUUUGGCUUCAGAUGUGCCCUGAAGCACUUCUGAAUUUUAAGUGUAGUCUGACCAUUUUCUCAUCUGGCCCAGGAUUUUCUAGCCCUGCUACCAGAAGAUGCUAGUAAUUGAGCCUAGAGCCCGUUAUGCAUGCUAAGCCAUUGGUACUCUGGGAAUGGAAGCAAUCCAAAAGCCUUAGAAUGAUGGAAAGAACUUUGGCAUAUGGGGUGGGAGGAAGGAGUGUUCCUAGAAAUGAGAUGAGUAAACUGGAAAAUAGUAUGAAGGACCUGAGUCCAGGUUGAGUUAGGGAAGGGUAGCACCUCUGACGGGUGGUAGUUGUGGACGUAUUUGCUUUGGCUUGGAAGGUUUCAAGUGAAAUUACUUGCUAGAUCAGGGGUAGGCAACCUAAGGCUCAUGGGCCACAAGUGGCCCACGGGGGUCUUUUAACUGGUCCACAAGCCGCCCCCAAACAAAGCCACCUGCUCAGCAAAUCCCUGCCCGCUGCGCUAAACCAGCACGGUGCGAGGACUCUCUUCCAUGGCGCCGAAAAUCGCAUCUGCACAUGCACAGACACCGAAAAUCAUGUCUGCACAGAAGCCGGAAAUCGUAGGCGCGUGUGUGAGCGGGCGCACACAAUCUGGCCCACGGAGGAAUCUCCACUGGAGUGAACCGGCCCAGGCAAGGUAAACCUUGCUGACCCCUGUGCUAGAUUGUGAGCAAGUGGAGUGAAUGUGCAAGGUUGCAGUUUAAAGGGAAUGAGAGUGGAGAAGGGUGUUGCAGUUCUGCUUUUUGUUCCUUCAAAAAUGUCUUGGUGCCUGCACUCUUUCUGCUCCCUGCCAGUCAUUCUCUUCUCUCCAUUUAUCUGGGAGAGGGAACACAGUUGCUCCUUUGCCAACCCACACUUCCUUCCAGUUGUGCCUCAUUCUUUAUGUUGUGGGAGGAAGAGUUGUUUACAGGCAGAUUGUGAGGCAAUCAGCAGGGAAAUUAUUUCUCCACUCCUGUGUUGAGGUUUGUAUAGCUCUGUUGAGAUUGCUCUCCCCAUUCACCUCUUUUCCUACAGCUGCUGGGGAAAGCAGACAUGCUUUUGUAUCCAAUGAACUUGUUCCAUUAGCCCAAAGACUUCCAUGUGUGCAAAGGGAGUUUCUCUACCUCUCCUCUCCCCACAUACCCCAUCAACUCUGCUGCAGAAGGUUGGGGGGAAACCCAAAAUAGAUUUGGGAGGGGCACAGUGAGAGGAGUUGGAGAGGAAGUCACAUUGUGCAAGUGUAAGUCCUUGUCCUAAUGGGAUGACAUUGAUGGAUACAUCCCACUGUGUGCGAGAGAGAUAAUAAGCAUUAAAAUAAUCCUAUUGUUUAUCUCCACUUACGAAAGUGUACUAUUAUGAGUCAGUCCUGCAAGUGACUCAAACAUGUGGAUACAGUACUGUUGUCUGGUUGUAUCUGGCAGUAACUUUUUCACAGUGAGGAAGGCGCUUGCCUUACCAAAUGAUUCUUCUCUUUCUUUCCUCCAGCCUCCUGACAAUUAUAGAAUUUGCCCAAUGAUAAUUUACUUUGCUUUUUCUUUGUAAUUUACUUUUUUAUCUUAAGUAGCACUAGUGGUGUUCUGCAUCUUGAAGCACAUCAUGAGAAGUUUUGUUUACCAGAGGGAAGGUUAGCCUCCGACCAUUUGAAGGCUAGAUUUGGACCACAAGCCACUAUCAUUUCUUCACACAAAUCUUCACACCCCUGCCAAAAUUUCAGUAUGAAGGCUAAAUUAUCUAUCUGAGCUUUCAGCUGUCCCUCUGAAUUUUCCAUCUGUUUUGCUUCAUUUUAUACUUGCAGACUUAAAAGAAAUGCUGAUGAAAAAUAUGAGAGUUCUAAUAGCAAAGUUCUAUGGCCUCCUCGCUUGAACAAUUGCUUUUUGUUUUAUAACUUGUAUCCUUUGAAGAACAUAUGAAGCUGCCUCAUGUAGAGUCUUUAUUAUUAUUCUGUCUAGCCAGAUGUAAUAUAGCCCACUGCAUCUGACACUUAACCCAGGAGUGGGUACCUUGUGGUCUUCCAUAUGUUGUUGAGCUGCAGCUCCCAUCACCCCAGACCAGUAGCCAUGGUUGACUGGAGGAAAUGGGACUUGGAGUCCAACAACAUCUGGAAAGGGUCAAAGGUUUCCUAUUCCUCUCUGAUUUAACUUAACGAAGAAGAACAUAAGAAGAGCCUGCAAUGGCCUAUCUAGUCCAGCAUCCUGUUCUCACAGUGGCCAUCAGAUACCUGUGGGAAACCCAUAAGCAGGAUUUGCGCACAAGAGCACUCUACCCUCCUGUAGCUUCCAGCAACUGGUAUUUAGAAACAUCACUUCCUCCAACUGUGGAAGCAGAGCAUAAGCAUUGAGGCUAGUAGCCUUUGAUCUUGACCAAUAAAUUCAUGCUUUGUAUAUACUACUUUGAAUGGUCAUGCAGCAGCAACAACAACCACCAAACCGUAACCACUAAUGUGUUUUGUUUGUAGAGCUUGGACGAAUAUGAUGAUGAUGAAGCAGGACAAAAGGAGCGUAAAAGGGAAGAUGCAAUCACACAACAGAACACAGCGCAGAAUGAAUCAGCCAGUGCAGACCCAAGUGCCUCAUACAUAUUACAGGUGAGGAGUUUCAACACUGUUUUCUUUGAACUUCAAGAGAUUCAGCACACCACUACUUCUGCCUCUGUAAGAGUUGGGUAAAUGUGUUUGCCAAACUUGGUACCUCAGCUUUGUGAAAUAAGUAACUUCCAGUACCUAACUUUAUUUUAAUGUUCAGUUUAAUGCUUAUUGGGAACACACACUGGUUCUUCUGACUAAACAUCUAUACCAAGCGUCAGCAAUGUAGAUCUGUCCACAGGGGCCUUCCCUGGUACCCACAAGGUCUGCUCUGCCACCCCCCACUGAAAUUAGGCUUGAAUGCAGCCAGUAGUAUAGGUUGUGGUGUUCACUUAGUUUCAGUGUGGGUUUGUGGUGCCCACAAGAGGCCCCCAAAGGUUAAAAACCCUCAUCUAUAUGAUAGGCAUUGUCACCAUUACAUUGUUUGACUGUCAGACCAAUAAGGAUAUGUAUUAUUACAAUUGGAAGUUUUAAUUGGCAAGGGCAAGUAUUCAAUACAUCAGUCCUAAUGCUAACUGGCAAGGGCAAAUUUUAAAAGACGGGGCUGAAAGUUAAGUGGUUGUUUUGUUUCUUGAGGCUCUAGCGUGUCUGCUGUAAUAUGCAGUGAUAUGGUCUUUCUUUCAACACAAGGAAGGUGAAAAUGUUUCCUUAAAACAGAAUUGAUCUCAUACUUCUUUCAGCAUCCCAGUUAACAAAUUGUUUCUUGGUCAUGGAUACUUAAGUUGAGAUUUCUGCAUUGCAGGGGGUUGGACUAGAUGACCCUUGAGGUCCCUUCCAACUCUACAAUUCUAGGAUUCCAGUGACAUUUAUGGAAAGAAAAUGUACUGUCCUCUGCAGCCACGUGCAACCCUGCUGCACAAUGAACAAUGUUGGAUAGGCUGCUGGGGAGAAUGGCUUGAAAUUAGGUGGAGGCUCACCUGAUUUUGGUCAGUUCCACCACGUCGCAUAUUGUUUAGGAGGACCCCUCAACUAUCCAGAGGCUUUUCAGUGGCUAUGGAUAACUGCAAGGGAAAGGAAGAGUCAGGAAAUUUUCCAUGCAAUUUUUCCAUUCAUUUAUCUGCACAAAAGUAGAUUUAGUUUAUUAAGCAAUAUGCAGAAUAGUUCUGCAUUUUUUAAAUAGUUAAUUUGUCUCAGCCUUUCAAAAUACAUACCAUAAAGCAUUUUCAUUUGGAUACUUGAAAUUGCAUUGUGUUCUACUCUUGCAAUUCUUUCAAUGUUUUUAGUGCUUUUUGAAAAAAGAAUUGAUUAGACUUUCAGAUGUCAUACAUCUAUAGCCAUUUUCCAUUUGGGGCUCUCUUGUUGACAUUAGCAUAAUGGCAUUUUAAAAACAGGCGUAUGGUUGUGCUUACUGCAUUCCUAAAUCAUUUCCUGUGGGUGGUAGCUCUGCCAGCCAGUAGCACCACAAUGAAACACAGAAGGGGGGUGCAGCAGUGAUGUUUGUGUCUUUGCAGUUGUGCAUUUCUGUCACUAUCAUAGUUGCUGUAGUAGUUUCUGGACACCUCCUUUAUUCAGGGAGUCAGUUUGAAUACUGGAAUGAACCUUACUCAUUAGCACUGACUUUCAAAUAAUAUUUCAGUCUGAAAAUUAUUUUUUAAAAACAGGCUAUAAAUUAAGGGCUGAAACAACAAAACCCUGGUAUGGUGGCAUGUUGACUCCCUCCUAUCCACAAUGAAUCAUUAACAUAAAUGUUCAUCUUUGGGAGGACUUUUAUGUAUUUGGAGUUUGCAAAAGAUUCUAUAUGCUGUCUUCAAGAUCUGGAAAGCAGCAGGCAGGUUAGAGAACUACCACUUUGAAGUCUGCUGUCAAUUUCAGAAUGGUCUGUAGACAAAUAGUUGAAGAGGUGGCAGCGUUUUUUGUGAAACACACCCUUGCAGUGUCUUUAGCUUUUAAAUUAAUUUAUUCCUAUUUGUGCUCUGCUACAUGGCUCCAUAGAGCCCUCAGGGUGACUUACAAGUAAAGCAAAACAAGCAAACAGGCCUACAGUGAUGAAACAGGAAAAAACCAACCGAGCUAACCAACUAUACAAUAAAUGAAACAGCCUAAAAGCAGCACUAAAAUAUUUCUUUUUUCCAUCCCUGCUCUUCUGUGUCUGGUAGAUAAUUAAUAAUAAACAUCAAGUCAUGUUCCCAAAAAGUUAAUUUUUUUUAAUAAAUAUAAAAUGGAGCUGGCUUGCCCCUGAACAGCUGAGACAAUAAACUAGUAUUUUUCUUUUGAUAAAGGAUGGCAAACAGAUCCUGGAGCACCUCCAUUGUCACCAGCCUAAUUUUGGUCUUGCUUCCAGAAAUAAGUAAUUUUCAUUUCAGAGUUGUCAUUUCGCCUGUAGAUUAAAAUGACUUCAUCUUUUCAGCACUAAUCCCUUUUAGACAAUUGUUAAAGUUUGGGUAAGACUGCUGCAAGAAUCUUUAAUGAGCUUACAAGGAAAGACCUCUUGAGCAAUUUAAAGGUGUUCUUGCUCCACUGUCAGAGGCAGAAUGCCUCUGAGUAACAGUUGUUGGGAAUCACAAGUAAGGAGACGUCCUGCUUGCUGGUGUCUCCUAGACAUCUGGUUGGCCACUGUGAAUAGGAUAUUGGGCUAGAUCAGGCAUAGGCAAACUCAGCCCUCCAGGUGUUUUGGAACUACAAUUCCCAUCAUCCCUGACCGCUGGUCCUGUUAACUAGGGAUCAUGGGAGUUGUAGUCCAGAAACAGCUGGAGCGCCAAGUUUGCCUAUGCCUGGGCUAGAUUGACUUUUGGCCUUGUGAAACAGGACUUCCCCUCUGUUCUUGUGUUCUUAUUAUGGUCCCUCUAGCUCAGUAUUUCCUAUAGUGACUGAUAAGUGGGGGAGCCCCUGUUGAUGGUGCAGGGUGAAUCUUGAUAGGGCAUUCUCAGUUGUAGUUCCCUGUUUGUGGAAUGCCCUCCCUGGUGAGGUGUGUCUGUCUCCCUAAGCACUAACUUUUCAGGACAAAAAGCUUGAAAACGUUCCUGUUUACCCAUACAUUUGAUGGCUGAAAGAUACUGACUGGAAUCCAGUGUCACAUUGCAGUUUGACAGACAGGAUGACCCUGCCUCUCCUCCCCCAUGUCCUGUUCUGGAGGUUCUCUCCCCCAAGGCCAUUUCAGGGGGCACCUGCGGGUGUGGGGGAAGGAAAGGGCGGUGAAAGCAAGUGCAUAGGGCUUGCACUGACGGGAUUCAUUAGGUGAAUCCUGCCCAGUGUUUCUGCUAUACUUGAAUGAUUUCUGACUGUUUCUAAAUGCUUCCAGGGGCUUGUAAUUGUUUAUAAGUGUUUUAAAUCUGUUUCUAUUUUUGCUUUUGUUUUUACUGUUUUACUAUUUUGGUGUUUACAACCCUGGGUUUCUUUGGGAGGGAUAGAAAUUUAUAGAAUAAUAACAGACCUUCUCAAAAGGAAAAUGUUCCAGAAUUCAAUCUGUCCUGUCCACUUAACUUUCAGUUUAGUCCCAUUGCUCCACCUUCAGAAUUCUGUUGAAAUAAUAAUAAAAAGAUUAAAUUUUAUCCUAAAUCUUCAUUUAAAAUCCAAGUGAGUGAGUGACCAAGCAAAAGAAUGAGCUGCUGUAUGUUGCCAGUAAUAAAACAUUCAAGAGAAAUACUAUUUAUUCCAGCAAUGUGAAAGGCAAUAUGUAUAACUAUGUCAUAUCUCUAAGCCUCUGGUGACUAUUUAAUUGUGUGGGAAUACAGAGGUUUGAUGUAUUAGUAUGAGUUCCUGUUAGUAAACAGCACUGAAAGCCUUCCUGACACUAGUUUCCCUAGAGCUUUGUAGUGGCAUGCUAAUUGCCAAAAGUUCCUUCCAAACUAGCUGCAGCAAAUUACAAAAGAGGGGGAAGUUUUCCAUGCUUUUAUGUGUAGGCUUUUUUUUUUUGUUAUAACUAGUCAAAAAGACCCCACGAGUAAAGGAUGUUUGGGGGAAUGUUGCAAGCAUGAAAUGCGUGUGUGAUUAACCAACAGAAAUCUUACAUUGUAUCUUAGCUAUAGUGGUUAACAAUUGGGUGCACUGCAUGAUCUCGUGCUGUGGAGUUAGUGGGACCUAAAUUGGGUGGGCAUGGUGGUCUGUGUUAUUGAAUAGAUGUCUCCCCCCCAAAAAAAAUGGUUUUGCAAUUUGUGAAAUGAGAACAGACCUAAGACUUCUAUUCUUCUUUUAGGGCCAAAGUCAUGGUCCUGUUUGAGUCGGCUGAAAUGCAUUCUGCCAUUACAAUGAGAAUUAUACAUUAAUUCUAGUCUUCACCACAAUGUCUUUUUUCUAGUCCCUAAUUCUGUGUGCUCUCCUUUUCUCUGGUGGUGAACAUGCUAGUUCUGUGAAGGUUGCUACUAAAAUAUCCUCCUCUCCCCCCCCCCCCACUGCCACGAGCUGCUUACAGAUCUUUUAAAAGUGCUUUUUAGUGUUUAACUAUAAUUUUGUUCUUUUACCUUUUAUGCAUUUAUUCUCACUCCCACCCCCACACGUUUGUAGUGUUCAUAACCUUCCUUUUUUCAGUUCAAAAGAAAGGUGGGAUAUAAAUUAUAAAAGAUAUACCAACUUAACUCACUGCUGGCUUUUAAAAUCCAGAAGCCGUUUCUCAUUAAGGAACCACUUGGAAGCUUCUGUUCUGAGACACAGUUUCAAUUUGGUUAAAGCCAAAGCUUAGCUCAAGGUGAAGGCAUAGCUGUAUCUUGAAUUUAAACGUGAUGGUGUUUUAUCAUUUGUCACUGGCCACAUUUGCAUGCAAUGCUGAGCCAUAAAGUGUGUUUUGUUAAGCCAUAAUAUACAUGAGCUGUGUGCUUGUGUGUGCAGUCUGUCCUUGCCUUGCAUGAGUGCUUUUAUACAUAAUUACUAGUCCCACUAAACUCACUGAUCAGAGAAUGGUAUUUCUGGGCACACCAGAAAUGCUUGUAUAACUUUGGGUUUGACUGUCCCGUAUUUUGAUUUGAUUUGCCCAUUAUUACGAGCAAGUAAUGCUUUAAAUCAGCCAUUUUGUAUAUUAAAUUUGACUCUAAUUGAUUUUGUUUUGUUUUCAUAGGACACCUCUAGGACAAUUUCAAACAGAUACAAAAGGUAAGGGACUUACCAGUAUAUUUUAAAGUCAAAUAUUGAUAGAUUGUGUUUAUAUGACACCUUACCACAGUGAGCUGUGCCCAAAACAGCUUACAUUGAACACUCACUUACCAAAAUACAAAGCAUUUGGGUGGAGGAGAGAAGUCUACUUACAAAACAUACCGAGAAAUCCAAACAGGAGAAAAAAUCUGCAAUUUAGCAAACAUUGAAUAAAUUCAGUAUUAUAAAAGAAAGUGCGCACACUUAAAUACCUAAGUACAGAGCAAAACAAAAAUCAACUGCUGAUGGAGGUCUUAUUGCUUCUGAACUUAGUGGAGAACCAGGGAAUUAGCUAAGAGCUGAAAGAUGGGGUUGGGAAAAUGCAUACCCUCCAACAUCCUGCUAAUCAACACUGAACUCUUCUGGGAGCUAGGUAACGAAAAACCAAGCAUCUUUUGGUCUGGCAUGAGGCAGCUGACUCACAGCAGAGCUCCAGAACAAUAAAUGGGACAUUCCGGAUGCAAUCAGAAGACAGGAUAGCUUGUGUAUUUCAGGGAUAUCCUGCUCAAUUUGGAAUGGUUGAACAGUAUGAAAAUGUGUAAGGGUCUAUGUUGUGAACCUUAUCUCUCCCAAAGCCUAAAAUGUGUCUCAAGAAAUCUGCUAGAAUUGUCAGCUAGGCUUAAAAAGAGAAUGUAACAGGCAGUAUUUAUUGUUACAGUUGUUUCGUGAUCUGCAUUUUUAAAUGACUUGACAGAUAGCAGGCUUUUCAUCAGUUGCCAGAGGAGUUGGUUUUAUCUGUCGUAGCAACAGACUUCUGCAACGUGAAUCUUCAUACAUCUUGUCAGUUACAUUUGUUACAGAAAGUUGCAGAUGUCGUGGUUAUGUAACACUUCAUUUUCUCUUUCAGCAUCUAGAGAGCUUAAGGACCAAACUACAUAUUGUGUGGGCCUUCCAUCUUCUUCUGGUGUUGUUUUCACUUAACAGCAGCCACAGGGAAUGUGGGAAUUAUAUUGAAGUGCUGGGGGAGGACAUAUUUUUUAACUCACUUCUCCAUCAGCCCUGUUCUUGGUCUAAAGUCUUCCUCACAUCCCCACCCACAUCAGAAAAGUUGUCAUUUAUUUCCUUUGCAGCUUCAGGGGGCAAUUUAGUUUUGUUAACGGAUCCAGGGUAGAAGGGAUUAAACACAACUCCCAGUAUCUCUGUACCCCUCCCCGCAUGCUGGUGCUUUUUUAAAAAGUGUAAACCAGUGCAGAGAAAAGCACUGAAUAAAAUGCUGUGUCUGUAAAAGAAAAAAAGAAAAUUUUUCUGUGUCACAAUCUGCUUUGGGGGUUAACCCUUACAUAAAUGCAGAUAGUAUUUAUAAUACAGUGCUUCCCCCUAGUUAAAGUACAUCUUCAUUGUACUUUGGUUUUAGCAUAAAUUUUUGGAGUGGUCAUAUAUCAUCAAUAUAAUAGAAUGUUCAUUUGUUUCUCUUUAUUUUAUUAUUUAUUUUUUAAAAAUUUAUACACCAUUUGAUUGGUAAAGUGGUUUACAAAAAGUAUGUUUGCUAAAAGUAUGUUCAUAAUACAGGGUGAUAGUAAAUGGAAGCUGUAUGCUUCAUUAUGAAUCACCCUGUAUUAUUACUACUAUUAAUAACAUUUUUAAAAAUCAUAGUACAUGUACAAUGGCCUAGUUUCCUCACCACAUAGCAGUUUACCUGUCACCAAGCACCCUCCAUGUAUAUAGGUUCCUCCUAGAUGGUUCUGUCUCCUAGGAGCUGAUUAGAAAUCUCUCCCAGUUCUCAUCUUUCACUUCCAUCUUCCUGGUUGAAUGUAAGGUACCAGUCAAACCUUUUCUCUGCAUGUAUGGGUUGGACAGUCAUGUCCCGAGUAUCAAAACUCUGGCUGGAUAUCCAUAUGUCCAGACCUGAUUGGAGGAUUUGCUUCCCACCCUUAGCCUCCCUCUUUAGGGAGUGGAAUAAAUCCUUGUGAAAAUUUGUAAUUACCCUAUGUGAGGGGUGAUUCUUACUCCUCACUUGUGAGACUCUUAAUUCAGAUGCUGAGGUUUGACUGUGUAGCUUUGAACAAUCCAAAGACUUUCCCCCUGUGUGCCAAACUGCUGUUUAAUACUACACACUUAGAUCAAGAGGGGGUGGAGGGAAACAGUCUGAACUUGCACCAUGGUUGCUGGUAAUUGCCCACUCCUGGGUCUCCUGCAGUUCUUGGAAUUCCUCUUGGUCAAGAAUUACGGUGAAUUGAGAGGUGGUAGAUGACAUAAGUUCGAAUGGCUUUAUCUCAAGGCAACUGACCAAUUUCCACAGUCAAAGUGGCAGGCAAUGAAUGCCCCGCAUAAAGUAUACCAUCAUUAUAUCUCAUCCCUGAGAUCUUGGCUGUAUGUGAAAAUAGAGCUAUUUGAGCAUAUGUACAUAGGAAAGGCCAAAAGAGCAACUUCAUAGGAAAGGCCAAAAGAGAAAUUACCUAUCAGGGUUUAAAAUAACUGAAGGAUUUACCAUGGAUCAGACAGGAUUGGUUGGCUCAAUUUACAGUAAAUCAGAUUAGAAUUUCUUGGUAUGCAUGUUCUUUCUCUGCUUAAGUUUUUUCUAGGAAUAAAUGCAAUAAUUGCAUUCUUAUUUAAAUAACUAUAUAGCCUUGAAUUUUAAUGAUGCCAAUUCCAAACAGAAAAAAAUCCAAACAGAAAAUUCAUUAUUUGAGUCCACAAACAAGUGUGUGGACAGAAAAACUAAAUCAGUUUUUCCAAUACUAAAAUAUUAGCUAAAUGUGGUUAGCCAAAACCUUAAGUGUCCUUUCUGCCUCCCAGUGACUAAAACUGGAAUUUUGUCUGCAAUACACUUUCAUUCCUGUAUGUCCAGGACAGAUUGCAGGUAAAAAAGAACUGCUGAUUUCACUUGUCCUGCAUUGAUGUCCUGCUGAGUGUAUUGCAGCCUUUUACUCAGUAGGAUCAGGUUAUCUGACCUGCCAAUAAAAUUCCAUGCAGACCUAUACUCUGGCCUGGUCCCACAGUCUGAACAGCUUGUCUCUCAAUACAAAUUAAACUGCUACAGACCUCCUGCAAGAAGCCCUGGCUGAUUGCAUUGAACCUGCAGCCUGCUUCCCGGCUGCCAGCCAUAGCAGGCUAGCUUUUCCUCUAGUGAAUCCUUUCUCAUAGACAUGAUAGCUUGAAUUCUGAGAUCCCAUGACUGACACUCAACUCAUGGAAUGCUCCUACAAAUCUAUAUGCAGGUAUCUAACCAGGCCACUAGUGCAGAUGAACCCCAGCCUGAUACUAAUAAGUUGGUAAAUUUAUAGCUAAUAAAUGGAUUACCCUUGUUUAUGUUCUAAUCAGAAAUUGGAAAUAUAUAUAUUAAAAAUUCCUUAAAUGAUUUAAGGGAUCUCUGGAUUGUUCUAUUGACUACAUAUUACCUACAUUUCCAACUCUUGAAGUUUUAUAUAGCUUUUGUAUAAAGGUUUUUACCAUUAUCUUUCAAAUCAUAGAUCAGUCACUAACAGCAGAUCCACUCUUGUCCUUGCUUUCAAUAGAAAGCAAUAGAAAUCCCAUAAUAUCUCAUAAGACAGUGGUCUUUCUAUUAUUAGCAACAGGAAGAAUGUCAAUGGCCAGCCAGUGGCCAUUGGUUGCCUCAUACCCCUUAAUAAAUGCAGGGUCCUGGGUCUUGAUGCAGGUAGCAAGCCUACCCAUGUUAUUGGGGAAGAUCUAGCCUGUAUCUUGAGAAUGCACAGAUGUUGAUUAGUAGUAGUAGUAGUAUCAAGUUACCAGUCCUAGUUUUCAGCUUUGCAAGUUUGUAUUGAAUUUAUUAUUUAUUUUGUCUGUAUACUCCUAACUGUCCUACUAGGCUAGUAGUAGCGUACAUACAACUGAAGUGUUUCUUUCAAUAAUUAGCUGAAGCACAAAGUGUUGCACUUUUUCCUUUCUUGUUGAAAUGCUGGCAGGUUCUUAUCUAAUGUCAGGACCUCUUGAGCUUUGCCUUCUCCAUUUUGUGUGUGUGAAAGUUGAACAUGUUUGCUUUUUCUUGACCAAAUAAAGAAAUUUUAUAGGGAGAGUCAACCAGAGUUUACCUUUGUGAUUUGCUGUUUGUGUGUGUGUGUUGCACACAUAGGCAAGGAUUCUUUCCUUAAACAAUAAAAAAUGGAAAGAUCCCUUUAAAAUACUCUUCCCCUCUCACUUUAAUCUAAUCUACUAACCACCCAUUCUAGGGACAAUGUACUAAUGGUGAAUAGAAUGUCCCAAUUUUCUGAGGAAUGUUGGAGGGUAUACAAGGAGAAAGAGCAAGAUACACUGUGUGUUUGAAUACUUCGGCUGUGUGAAAUACACACUGUAUAACAGUUCUUGGAUUCUUUUCCACAAUAUGAAUGACACAAGUUUUAGGGGUUAAAAUUACAAACAUUAUGUUUGUGUUGCAACAUGCACAUCCUGUUUUUAGAUAGAUUUUUUUUUAAAGUCACGCUAGAUCAAGCAGUGCCAAAUAUGGUAAUAGAAUUAAACUACAAAAUUCCUUACAAUUGUGUCAUCAUGGCUUGAAAGAAUCUUUUAUACUGCACUCCCUGGAUUGUUACAUCCAUGGAACCAAGUUUAUUGUGCCAAGUUAACUAAUUGUCCCUAGAUUUCCUUUCAGUGUAAAAUAGUUUUCUGUUUAAUACACACAUGUGAUUUCAGGUAAAAAAUACCAAGCACCCUACUCACAUACCUGAAGGUCAUGUAAGACUCCCCACCCCACCUGCAAAAAACACAUGGUGUGUGUUUGUUUGAUUAAGAAUAAUAAUUUUAUUAUUUAUACUCCGCCCAUCUGACUGGGUUCCCCCACUCUGAUUAAUUGUGCGGUCUACCAGAUCUUGUUAAAAAGUCCUGGGAAAUCCAGCAUUAAUCUUUUAACUGGACAUGUUGUUCAGUGGUGCACCAACUACCUGGUGGUUUGCUACCCAGUGGUGGUGGGCAGAGGGAGGCAGGAAUGGUCAUCUGUAGCCUAGCAGACAUCCACCUUCAAAAUAGCUGGUGGAAAUGUGCUUCCUGAAAUGACAAAUCUGAAUUUCUGAACCUAAGGAACACAACAUGCACAUGCAGCUGCAGCUUUAGUGAAUGUUUGUUCAGAUUAAUUUGCACUGACUACAAUGUGGAAAUACUGAAACUUAUGUAGCCUAGCUCUGAUCCUAUUGAGUUUAGGAAUGCAAGUGUUUCCUACUGUAGGAGAGAAAAUGGCAGACACCAAUGUUGGUCUGUAGCUCCCAGUUAAGCCAUUCUAAUGAUCUACUGUUCAUCCUGGUCAGUGAUAUAAACUCUUGAUGGUCAGCAUUUCUUCACUUACAGAUGCCCCCUAAGCUUUAUUAACAACCCACCAAAUCAAAAUAUAAACUGGUUGCUUCUUUCCUAGGUAAUGUUUUACCCCUGCCCCUAAUAGAAACAUAUAAUGCAUGCAUGUUCUCUCUCUCUCUCUCUCUCUCUCUCUCUCUCACACACACACACACACACACACACUUUUUCUAAGAAGUCUGAGUAAAAAUGGACCAUCCAAUUUCAGUAACAGUCAAAUAGUAGAAAUCAUGGAUCCAGUGCUUCAGAAAAAAUUAAUACGCUCCAGCUAUCAGGAGUAAGGGAAACAUCAUCUUAGGGCAGCAAUCUUCCAGCAUAUGUCCUCAGAUGUUGUUUGACUACAGCUUCUAUCACCCGUAGCCAGUUUAGUUAAUGGCCAAGGAUGGAAGAAAUCAUAGCUGAACAAGAUAGGAGAGAACGUAUCUUAGAGAACAACAUUUUCUACUUGAGCUUUAAGAGACCAAGGUGUACUACAAAUGCGGCAUAAAUUAAAUAUAUUUCAUGGCUUUUAUACUCUCCCCCCCCAAAAAAAAAACCUUUCAAAAUUACUGAUCCAAUAAGCUCAUUGCCCAAAUCAGUUUUGCACCAAUUGAUUAAAUAAUAUAGUAUUGCAUUACUUAUGUGAUUAUUCCUUUUCCAAUGAUCCGUUUGAGAGUAUAAAAUAGGCCUACUUUUUAUAUUAAAAAAUCUAUCUUCUUUUUCUUUCUUUUAUAACCUGCCCUUCACCAGUAGGUCCUGGGCAUGGUUAAAACAAUUUAAUGUUCAGAGAUUAAAAUCAAUUAAAAGCAAAGGAACACAGGAAUAAGGUGGGUCCUCCUUUGUAGGUCAGCCAUACUUUGUAAAAAUGUUUGUAUUUAUAGCUAAAUGCAGAGAAACAUUUGUUCUGUCCAACCCCUAAGUUUGUCUGCGCAUGUGUGAGUUUGAAUGAGAGAGAGAGAGAGAGAGAGAGAGAGAGGCGCUUCUGCACAGUGACGUUAAUGAGAGCUGCUAGGUCAUUGGUCUGAAAGGUGCUUUGUGUCAGUCUACACAAACUCAAUGGAAUGAUAGGUACUGGCAAAAACACAGUUUUCUGUGCUUCACCCACUUCCAUUUUUGGCUAAUAAGCUAAGACUUGGCAACAGUAAAAGAGGGAAGAGAUAGGAACAAAUUGUACACUCAUGUAGUACCAAAAAAAUUGCUCUGUAAUUUGUUGCUCUUAUGUUCAAUUUAAAAUGCAAUUAGUGAUUAUGAACCAUGUCAUGAGCAUGCAUCUGCUCAGUGGGCUGUUGCACAUUAGGGUCUUGCCAUACAGUGUAGCUGCCAUUUGGAGAGACUUGCAAGUAGCCUGUGUCUGGUGAAUGUCAUGAGAGGUGAAUCUUAGGUAGGCAAGUUUCAAAGUAUGGUAGAAAAUGUCUGCAAAAACAGAAGGACAUUUCUAAUCAUUUUAGUGAGCAAGAGAAGCCUAAGUUAUGUGGAGUUUAUGGGAUUUUGGCACAGUGGCAUAACUAAGAGUAAGUAGGAGUAAACUCUGGUAGUAGGAGUAAACUCCCAUUAUACAGUUCUAUUUUAUACAGGACUAUUUUAUUGAUAAAUGUUAGACAAAAGAAUGAGUGAAACAAUAUUAUAAUCUUAUAAGGUUUAUUUUUAUGGCUGGAUUUAACUAAACUGUGCUAAAAACAAGUCCCCCUAGCACAAUGGGAUUCACCCCACAUGCCCUCCCCAAAUCCGUUUGGGAAGGCCAGGAGAACCCUCAGAACUUGAUAAGAGGGACCAAAGUUCAGCAUAAUAGGACAUGUUUUCCAUGUGGAAGGUUCAAUUUCUGAUAUUCUAGUUAAAAAGAAUCCAGUGGCAGGUAAUGGGUGAGAAAGCCUCUGCCUGAGACUCUGGAAAGUUAGAAUCAUAGAAUCAUAGAGUUGCUUAAAGUUGCUUAAAGUCAGAGCAGACAGUUCCGAACUUGAUGGACAAACAGUCUUACUUGGUCUAAGGCAUCUUCUACAUUUCUGCUUUUUUAUUUGGAAUCUCUUCAUUAUCUAUACUUGCGACUGUUUCAGAAAGAGUUUUCAUUCCUCAUCAGAUUGUUUGUGUGCGCUCUGCCAGGAACUUCUCUUGCAGAAGCUUCUGUGAAUUACUUCACUGGCAAAGAAGGAUAGCCUUAACAAAUAAGCAGAGCAAGACUGCAGUUUUGUUCACACAUACCGGAGAAGUAGCCCCAUGAAAUUCAGUGGCAUUUCUGAGUAGUUCACGUAUAGGAUUAAAGCUGUAAGACCAUGAUUUCUGAUACAUGUGCAGUUUUAUAUGUGGUUUGCAGCAAUAACAAGCUCACUACAGAAAUAAAAAAUUAUGUUUUAUAAUUUGUUGUCGAUAUUAAACACUACUGAAGAAACAUUUGUUGUGGUCAUGGACCAAAUAUGUUUACAAGUUGUUGUUUUUUUCACAGCACAACAAACACACCAGAUGAUGUUUCUAGUAGAUAUUCACGAGCAGCAGACAGAACAGGAUAUAACAGAUAUAGCAGGGAUGCAAAUUCUUCUGGAAACAUUUUACCAAAUAAUUCUUUGGAAAAGAAGGUUGAAGACCUCGAAAAGGUAAGUGUGUAAUCAGUCAGUGGGUGUGGGCAGGGAGUUCUGUAAAGCAAGUCACCAACACUGUGAAGACCUUGGUGCGGUUGCCACCGAAUAGAAGCUACUUCAGAAAGUAGAAACACCUAGAUAUUGACGUCCAACUAAGAUCUUAACAAUUGUGUAGGUUCAUAUUGAAGCAGAUAAUUUCCUUCAAAAUCAGCACUUUGAAUCUGGGCCAGUUGGAUUUUCUAAGCAGUCUUUCCAGGGACCUUUAUGUAUCAUACAUUGCAAGAAUCAAACCUGAUUAUUAUAAAGGCAUAUAUUAUGUAUGAAUAAAACUGGCCAGUUCACGUGAUACUUUGUGCAUCUGACACCAGUAUUGUUGAGCUUAGUGAACUGACUGUUUGUCUCAGAUUUUAAAGAACAUGUAUAUUCUUUCCCAAUAAAGUAUUUUUGAAAACAAAAUGGAUAAAAAUCAAAUGACCCUUUUUCCAAAAAAUGAAAUUGGAUUUUUAAAAUUUCAGAAUAUUGACUAUGAUCCUCUGUCUCAAACAUGCACACUGCAUACUUUUCUAUGUAAAACAAUGAAUCGGGGGGAUUAUUUAUUUUUUAAGAAGAGGCAUAAAUAUGACUCGAGACAUCAUGUAUUUAUUGUGCAAAUUAUGACUAUAUAGACUCUCAAUGAAAUUGCAUUCACAAUUUCUCCUGUAAAUAAAUGUUAAUUACAUAGUGCAAAAGAUGUGACCAGCAGUUAUUAAUUACAUUCCAUAUAUAAUAUAAAGGCCUUAUGAGGCUACAAACAGCUGUGCAUUAAUGCUUAUGGCAACCAAUUGCAUGCUUUUGCAGGAAGUGGUGAAAUGGAAAGUUAGAAACUUGAUUGAAAUUAAUUAUUUUCAUCAUCUUGAUUUAAAUCAGCCCACUCUGGAUAAUAGAAGUAAAGCCUGUGAUAUGUCUAUAUUGGUGUGUUAUUACAUGCAGCAUAUUUUGGGUCUAGAGCUGAAUUCCUAAAUUCCAUUGAAUUUUAAACUUGAUUACAUUUACUUUGUAUGUCUGUUCUUUGCAUUGUUCUUAAAAUAAAUAUUAUCUAUUUUAUUUUUUGAAGGAGCUAGCAAAGGAGAGACAAGAAAACAUCAGGCUUGUGAGGAUAACACAAGACAAAGAGGAGUUAAUUGGGAAACUGAAGGAGGAAAUUGAUUUAUUAAACAGGGUAAGUACUUGUUUGCUGUGGGAUACAGUUGUACCUUGGUUUACGAACUUAAUCCAUUCCGGAAGUCCGUUCUUAAACCAAAGCAUUCUUAAACCAAGGCGUGCUUUCCCAUAGCAGCGGUGGGACACAAUUUACAAGUGGAACACAAUAGGAAGCAGAACAUGUUCUGCUUCCAAGGCAAAGUUCACAAACCAAAACACCUACUUCUGGGUUUGCAGUGUUCUUAAUCCAAGUUGUUCCUAAAGUAAGCUGUUCUGAAACCAAGGUACCACUGUAUGAGAAAUUCCCCAGAAUUUGGGGACAGUGCACACACCUUCCAGUCUGGGACUUACUCCUGUAAGUAAUACCACUUUCUGGUUAUUGGUUUAUUUUUACAUUUUUAUCCUGUCCUUUCUCCUGAGCUCAGGUGGUGUAUUUUGUGUCCUGCAUUAUGUGGCUCUCAUUUUUGUCAACCAGACAGUUCCCAGUGAGUCUCUUUGAGUUACCUGGCAUCUUUUCAUCUCCAAACUGCUUGUUCCUAUUGAUGGUUUUUGCUUCUGCAUUCAGGUGACCUUCCUGCUGGUUUCAGGUGAAGGGCUUCUUGCUGAUGUACAGUAAUCUUGCAAUUUACCAGGGGGUACUUUCUGCGGAUUGCACCUAAAGCAAAAUUACACAGUGUCAAAAUACAUUGAGUUCAGUGGUGGGUGGCAUUGCCAAAGUCUUUCUUCCCGACACCUGCCUCUCUUCCAUCCCUUUUUAAAUUUUGCUUGUUUAUUUAUUUAUUUAACCAAGUGCAUAAAGCUUAAUGCACACAACUUAAAAGUGUGUAAGUUGCAGUCUUACUAUACUGUAAAAAGAGGCAAUCUGUCAAGAACAUUUUCAACAGAAACCAAAGUUCCUUUUCUCAAGAAAGUUGCCCCUCUCCAAAAAAGCACCUGUAUGUGUAAUCUCCAGUUUGAGCCAAAGAAAGCCAUCACUGAGCUGAGCAACACUAUCUUUUUAUGCCCCAGGACAGCUCUGGAGUAGAAAGAGAUGGUAGGGGGUAGCAGUGUGUGUGUGUGCAUGCGUGUGUGCAUGUGCUGGCUGUUCCUGCUUCCCUGCUAAGUGUGUGUAUAUACUCCAUGGAUUUUCAAGUGUAUGUGUUCACCUGCAAGACAUGUACACAUGCACACUCGCAGGCAGCCCUUGCAGGAGUGACCAACCCUCAGUGUAGCCCUUGGGCCAAAAAGAUAAGCUACCCCAUCCUAAUUGGUUGAGAACCCUAGCACCAGUUGACGGACACUUUGUUAUUUGACUCUGGAAUGUGUAUGGUGCUUUUGUUCCCUUGAACAAUAAACAUUUAAUUCUUAAAUUAGGUAUGUAAUUUUGAAAAGGAAUCUUAAUUAAAUAGGAAAUAAAUCCCAUAUAUGACUGACUCCUUCCUUUUGACUUGCCUUGAGUAUUUAAGUUGCAGACAGUUGUUGUGGUUGGACCAUGUCCAAGUAGCUCAUUCUUUAAGUCAUUUUUGGAAUGUUAUUUCUGCUGCAUAAACAUUCCACAAAGUAAGCGUAUGUAUGUGUGUGAGAAAGAAAGUAUUUUAUAUAUACACACACACAAUUAUGUCCUUAUGUGAGCUUCUUGUGUGCUGUAUCUGUGCCACCUGUCUGGAUAUUAUGUGUUUGAUUAUGGAUUUCCUGCAUCAGGAUUUGACAAGAUGGCUUAAAAGCCCCUGCUCUAGUUCUUUUGAUACAAAUUAGCCAAGACAAAAGCAAACCUGAGUCUAUUGUAAUGAAAAACUAGUUGCUUUCCUUUUCUUCCUAAUACAUAUGACUUCUGAAAUGGACUUUUUUUUUAACCAUAGUGGAUGCUUUAACCCAGGAAUGAGAAACAUGUGGCCCUCCAAUUGUAGUUGGACGUCAUCCCUCUUCAUCCUUGACCACUGGGUAUUUUGGCUAGGGCUGAUGGGAAUUGGAGCCUAACAACAUCUGGAAGGCCACAUGUUCCCGACCCCAGAUGAAGUUAGCUGCUGACCUCAAAGUGCUGUCCUGACAUGACUGCUUUGUUUUUGAAAUUUGAUUUCACGUCAUUCUUUACUUGCUUUCAAUUAGCUUUUGCUCAUUUCUUAUGGGCCACUAACCUUUAAAUCUCACUUCUCCCCACCUUUUCCUCUCUUGAGAUACUGGAAGGUAUCCAGAUGCCCAUUGUAUGGAUGGAAGGGAGAAAUGUGCACAGCUGGUGUUUUUUAGGGUACUGCUACAGUUGAUGGGGCAUGCAGCUGUGGUGGGUAGAGUUAUUUUAUUUUAUUUUAUUUUAUUAAAUUUUAUACACCAUUUGAGUGUAAAAAAGGAGAAGCUUCAAAGCAGUUUACAAAAAUGAUGUGAACACUUCUAAGAACUCUCCAGCUGAAUGCCCAGAGUUCCAUAUGUUCCAACAAUUUACAGGAGAAAACAGGAACAUGCUUGUAACAACCAUAUUCUCAUACCAAGGUAAAGGUAAAGGGACCCCUGACAAUUAAGUCCAGUAGUGAACAACUCUGGGGUUGCGGUGCUCAUCUCACUUUACUGGCCGAGGGAGCCAGCGUUUGUCCGCAGAUAGUUUUUCUGGUUCAUGUGGCCAGUAUGACUAAGCCGCUUCUGGCGAAACCAGAGCAGCGCACAGAAACGCCGUUUACCUUCUCUCCAGAGUGAUACCUAUUUAUCUACUUGCACUGCGUGCUUUCAAACUGCUAGGUUGGCAGGAACUGGGACCGAACAAUAGGAGCUCACCCAUUGUGGGGAUUCGAAACGCCAACCUUUCGAUCGGCAAGCCCAAGCGGCACAGUGGUUUAACGCACAGUGCCACCCACAUCCCUCUCAUACCAAACCCACUAUUUUAUCUCAUGUGCCCACUCUUCAACAGCCUUGUUGAGGUGCUUGUUUUAAAUUUGUUCUUUAAAGAACCCAGCCAGAUGGGUGGGGUAAAAAUAAUACGCACGCGCACACACACAAAAUUAACAUCACCGGGGGGAGAGGGCUGUGUCUCCUGUCCUUGCCUAUGGGGCACCUGCCAAUUCACCACCACAUUUUGGAGCAUGUCUGCAAAGGUGAAGCCUGUUGAAUGGGUACCACCUGUUCUGAACUGGAAUCCAGAUUGUACAGUGAGCAUGCAUUUGGCAAACUUCUUCCCUGGAGACAUGCCCACAGCUUGGGAGUGGGUAGGGGAUAAAACAGUAUGGGCAGGGCCACCAUGUGGCAUGAUAAUUGCAUGGAGAGAAGAACACUUCAAUUAGGCUAUGAGUGUGGCACAAUCUUGUUUGUGCCACACUCAUAGCCUUCAUACACCAUGACACCUUGUUGUUCAUGUGUGGUUAUGUGCAUGUGCAUUAGAGACAAGAUUCGACCACCUCCCCAGACCCACUCAGAUUACAUUUCUACAUUUUUGUUCUUAUUACUUAUUAGAUUUUUCUUCUGCCCUUCCUCUUAAAGAAGCCAAACACUACAAACAUUGAAAUGAGAGCAAUUCAAGAGUUAAAAACAUUAAAAAAAAUAAAAUUCAAAGUUGCCAGAAUACAAUAAACCAAUAAAAUACAGGGUAAAACUUAGAUAGGAAAAGCUUCAAUAAAAACAACCAGUUAAAACCAAUUAGAGCAUAUUUAUUUGUCAGUGUAUAACCUAAAGGCCUGUAUAAAUAAAUGUGUCUUUGCCAGAUGGCAGAAGAUCAUCUUUGGGAGGGGGCAGAACCCUGAACAAUGACAAUACUAGCAACUCUCAUUAACACAAUUUUAGCAGGCCAUUCCUAAAAUGCAAACAUAGGGGCAAGGAUUUACCGGGGGCAGGUUUCAGACAAUAAGGUGUUUCCUGGAAAAUUAGGUACAGUAGUGCAUAAGUAACAGUUGGAGCAGAUGUCACUUAAUGCAGAAAUCUCCUUUGUAUUGCUGGCAAAGAACACAAGCUUUUCUAGGCUUUUAUUUCAUCUCCUCUCCAGUGCCUGAAGGAUCCCCCACCCUUCCUGGCUUGCACGACGAUUCCCAAUUUUACCCUUUAUCUGUUUUCCCAUCUUUUCAUAUAUAUGGCACUUGGCAAAAUGCUCGAGAAGCAUUUUUAAGUUUCCAUCCUUGGGCCCAGCAGCUAAUUUGGAAAGAAUGUUUGGACUACUGGUAAUAAUGUAAAGUAGUUAAAAUAUAGUUAUAACUAUUCUGGCACAGAAAAAAAAUUCCCAUGUCUAGAAGUAUGGACUCAGUAACACAACAACAUUGUACGCAUAACCAUUUGCUGCUGGUGUCCAGUUACCCCAGACGCAAAAACCUCAAAAGAGAGAGUAUGCACCAUUCCACAGUGCUGCUGGUGGUAAUAUCGUCGUUUCUCACCCAUGGUGUGAUAACCAUUAAGUGUGCCAUUCCACUUAGCAGGAAUCUUGCUCCUAGCCAAAUUCAAAUUGUGCCUCAAACUCAAAAAAGACAUUGUGCACCACUGCCUUCAUGUCAGCUUUCUUGCACUAAUAGUACAUUGGAUCUCACCCAUGGUGUUUGGUCAUGUGCAGGGAAUCUAGGACAUUGCAUGUCACAAAAAGUACUCCUUAAUCAACAUUACUUGAUCUGUAAUAAACCCAAUCUUUAAUGAGAAAAAUACUGGGCAUAAGUGGACAUUGUGAGGAGGGAAAUAGAUGCUUUGCGAUUGUGCAGACAUGGGGGGGGGGGUUAACUAGGGCAAGAUGUAGGAGGGCAUUGACCCUUUCUCUACUAGAAACCUGCAUCAGUUUGGGCCUCUGGUGUGUCUGCAUCAGGUUAUAGUCUGAAGGUGAACAGCAGGUGUGGGGGCCCUGAUUCGGACUGCAGUGGGAGUCCCAAUUUGGAAAAGACACUGGCAUCACAUGACUGAGGUCCCAUCUGGUUUGCCUUUGAAAUUUGUCGUGGUUUCAGGCAUAAAAGUAACAGAAGCAGCAUGCUAACCAUUUUUAAUAUGUGAAGAUUUUUCCAUUACGAAAGAGCAGUUCAGUAAGUAACAUUGAUCACACAUUUCAAGCACAACCAUCCAUUUAGGCAUUCUCUUUUCAGAGUUAAGAGAGCUCUAAUUUUUCAAGUGUAUAUAACACAAAACAUUUUACUAAUCUUGCAAAUUUUGAUUUACUUCCGCAAUUCAGAUUACAUUGUACAUGCUUGUAGCAAAAUACAUUUAUGUAGUAAUGGGAUAUUUGCUUUACUCAAUGUAAAUUUGAAAGCUGUUAAUGCCCAUAUAUCUUAAACUUGUUUGUGUUUAGCAAUCAGCUUUUGUUGUCUGCCACUUUGCUCUUAUAUAGUAAUGUGCUAUAAUCCAGGCCAUUAAGCAAAUGAAUUGAUGAAUUAAUAACUGUACACCUUGCUAUGUUUCCUUCUCAAAGGACCUAGAUGAUAUAGAAGAUGAAAACGAGCAAUUAAAGCAGGAAAAUAAGACACUCUUAAAAGUUGUUGGACAGCUGACAAGGUAG